AUGGUGAGACAGACCCUGCUGAUCCUGCACCCUCCUAAAUGGUAAGGUAAUACUAUACCCCCCUUGCCCCAUACCCCUGCCAUUAUAACCCCACCCUCCCUGCGCUAUACCCCCACCCUCCGUGCCAUUAUACCCUCACCCUCCCUGCCCUAUUCCCCCAUGCAAUAUCACACACUCAGACUCUCAUUGACAGCCGCUAGAGGCGUUUGCAUGCUUCUCACUGUGAUUUUCACAGUGUGAAGACGCCAGUGUCCAUAGGAAAGCAUUGUGAAUGCUUUCCUAUGAGACUCGCUGAAUGUGCGCGCGGCUCUUGCCGCGUAUGCGCAUUCAGCCGAGGAGGCGGAGAGGAGAGCUCCCCGCCCGGCGCUGGAGAAAGAGGUAAGUUUAACCCCUUUCUCCCCCUAGAGCCCGGCGGGAGUGGGACCCUGAGGGUGGGGGCACCCUCAGGGCACUAUAGUGCCAGGAAAACAUACUCGUUUUCCUGGCACUAUAGUGGUCCUUUAAGUGUGUGUUUAUUGUGAUUGUGUGUAUGUCUGUGAGUGUGUGUAUUUAUAUACACAAACAACCACAGAUGUAUAUGUGUAUAUAUCUGUGGUUGUGUAUGUGUUUAGUAGAUAGCUCCCUUAUUUGGUGUCCUUAAAGGAACACUAUAGUCACCUAAAUUACUUUAGCUAAAUAAAGCAGUUUUAGUGUAUAGAUCAUUCCCCUGCAAUUUCACUACUCAAUUCUCUGCCAUUUAGGAGUUAAAUCACUUUGUUCCUGUUUAUGCAGCCCUAGCCACACCUCCCCUGGCUAUGAUUGACAGAGCCUGCAUGAAAAAAAAAACUGGUUUCACUUUCAAACAGAUGUCAUUUACCUUACAUAAUUGUAUCUCAAUCUCUAAAUUGAACUUUAAUCACAUACAGGAGGCUCUUGCAGGGUCUAGCAAGCUAUUAACAUAGCAGAGGAUAAGAAAAUCUUAAUGAAACAGAACUUGCAAUAAAGAAAUCCUAAGUAGGGCCCUCUUUACAGGAAGUGUUUAUGGAAGGCUGUGCAAGUCACAUGCAGGGAGGUGUGACUAGGGUUCAUAAACAAAGGGAUUUAACUCCUAAAUGGCAGAGGAUUGAGCAGUAAGGCUCCAGGGGCAUGUUCUAUACACCAAAACUGCUUAAUUAAGCUAAAGUUGUUCAGGUGACUAUAGUGUCCCUUUAAAUAUGUCAAUCCCACAUAAGGAUAACAAAUAAGGGAGUUAUCUACUAAACAACUAAAAGAUUAAAAUUAAGUAAAAGGCUUUCAAAUUUUGAUCUUUUAGCAGUUUAGUAGAUAAUUCCCUAAAUCAAUGCUCUUAUGUGAAAUUUCCAUAUUUAAAUAUGCCAAAUUCGGGUGCUCUUUAGAUCUAAAUAUGGCAAUCUCACAUAGGGAUAUCAAAUAGAGGAGUUAUCUGCUAAACAAAGUUUAGAGGUGUCAGCCAGCGCAGAACAGGAAAUCUGGGUGGCUAGUAUGAAUUCUAUGCAAAUGUGUUGUCUGAUUGUGUGUAUAUAUUUGUGUAUGUGUAUAUGUGCAUACAACUUAGCAUUUUGCCAACACUACACACAAGCACACCACUGCAUUCAAACAACACUACAAACAAACACACCUUUAUAUUAAAACAUCACCAUUAGAUAUAACCACACCACUGCAUCUCGCCAACACUACACACAAAUGCUUGCCUGCAUUCAAAUGCCAACACUACACACCCCUACAUUUGCUCACACAUUUUCCAUACAAAAACACAUGCUUACAUUUAGAUGCACAAACACUGCUCAGUGCUACAUUAAUUAAAAAAAAAUGUGGGUGUUUUUUUUACAUUUUAAGGUGGUGGUGGUGGGGGUGCCAAAUGCUCUUGGUACGCCCCUGGCGGUCUCUUAUUGGGGGAUCUGCUUCCAGGGAUUGCUAUACUCUGCAUACUCUCUUACUAUAUUCACUGCUAAGCUCUUGUAUGAGCUUGUUCCUGUUUUGCUCUCUGAAGGAGUCUACGGUGGUUAUGGUGUCUGCUGCAGUGCUUGGAGUCCUCAGGAAGCGCUAGGAGCAUCCUUCAACGGAGGUACCCAGUCGGGGUGCCAGGUGAUCCGUUACAAUGAAAUCACCACACCAAAUGCAGUGUAGAACCAUAAAAAAAAAAGAGGAACAGCAGAAUGAUGCAUGAUAUUGGUGCUAAUUGGUGUAGUGAUUUCAUUAUAAUGGUUUUAUGUAACCCUAUGGGGUAAAAUAAGUGGCAAUUUUUAAUACACACUUGGUGGAUGUCUAUAUUCUCUGCUACAUAUACCUUUGGAGUAACUUGGCUUUCCAGACAUUGGAGAUAUAAGCACCCUCAAUACAACUUACAAUAUGCUGAAUUCUAGAUGGUGUUAUUUACCUAGAGGGUCUCGCCAGACCUCUAAAGCACUUUAGCUUGCUGAAAAGCUUUAUGUGUGAAGAGUGUGUCUCUUUUUUUUCAUUUUAAAAAAAGUGCACAUUUCAACAGAAAUUCACCCUUUUAUAAAUUAAUCUGGUAAUACCUUCUUUGCUUUCAAAUGGACAACAAGUCCUAUUACUUCCUGGUUUAUUUAGCUCAGUGAAGCUAAGCUCAAGAGGCAGCUACUCAAAAAGCACCUGCCUUCCAAAGACUUCUCAAUGAGCUGCAUUGGGAAGUCUGUAAUUGGACAGCCACAGAAAGUCUGGGCAUGGUUAGAAAGGGAGGGCUUGCAAUGGUAGCAGACCAGAGAAAUGCAGGCUUUGCAAACUGUUUUUAGAUAUACACCCAAUUAAAGGACCACUCUAGGCACCCAGACCACUUCAGCUUAAUGAAGUGGUCUGGGUGCCAGGUCCAGCUAGGGUUAACCCAUUUUUUCAUAAUUAUAGCAGUUUCAGAGAAACUGCUAUAAUUAUGAAUGGGUUAAGCCUUCCCCCAAAGCCUCUAGUGGCUGUCUCAUUGACAGCCACUAGAGGCGCUUGCGUGCUUCUCACUGUGAUUUUCACAGUGAGAGCACGCCAGCGUUCAUAGGAAAGCAUUGUAAAUGCUUUCCUAUGAGACCGGCUGAAUGCGCGCGCAGCUCUUGCCGCGCGUGCGCAUUCAGCCGGCGGGGCGUAACGGAGGCGGAGAGGAGGAGGAGAGCUCUCCGCCCAGCGCUGGAAAAAGGUAAGUUUUUACCCCUUUCCCCUUCCAGAGCCGGGCGGGAGGGGGACCCUGAGGGUGGGGGCACCCUCAGGGCACUAUAGUGCCAGGAAAACGAGUAUGUUUUCCUGGCACUAUAGUGGUCCUUUAAGAAAAUGCCUAAUUAAAUGCAUGCACACUUUCAUUGGGGUAUAUCUAAUAAACAGUGAUUUUUAUUUAUUUUGUAUUUGAGCAGUGGAGUGUUCCUAUAACAGGAGCGUGCUCUACAUCUUGUUUUAGACUGUUAGAAUACAAAAUUUCAUUUGGAGCUAACAAAUACAUAUUAACCCUUUUCUAAAUAUAUAUAUAUAUAUAUAUAUAUAUAUAUAUAUAUAUAUAUAUAUAUAUAUAUAUAUGUUAUUGUAUGUGGUCUAGACCCUUAUAAUGUGACACUGGUGAGAUAACUAAUGUGAUAAAUGUAUUUUUUUGUUUUUGGUUUUUUUAGGAUAAAUAGUAAACAUUCCUAAGAGCUGUAUUUUAUGUAAAAUGUAAAAUAGUUUAUAGAUAGAGAUGUGGUGUUUUUUUUUUUUUUUUUUAUAGACUCCACGUCACUGGCAUCUUGAUUGCCCAGGGAAAAGACUUGGCAUUUCUGUCAUUCCAUUGCACUUAGACAAGUGAAAGCUGAAACUGCUAUAUCAAGGGACACCGGAGGUAUUCAGCUGAAUAGAGAGGAGAAUACAUUUAUUGUUAAAAAGGUAAGUUCUAUUCUGUUAUACUUUCAUUGUAUGCUCUGUAGCUUUAUUUCUCAUCUAACAUUGAUUUUUGCAGUGAAGUAUCCAGUUCUUUUAGGUAGCUUGCCUGCAGCAGACAUGCAUUGAAUGUUUUCACAGCAGUACAGGCACUGAGCUUAAUACUGCUGGACGAUAAAUAUACAGCACAGAGAGGGAGAUCUAUCAGUUAGGAAUCAGGUUCUAUUCUGGGGCAAAGUAUUAAAUGAGUAGCAAUUACCAUGGAAACCAAUGGGAUGUUUCAACAUUUUGCACCACAAUAGCACCUGAUUUGUCUUCAUACAUUCUCCAAAUUGCACAUUACAGGGGCAUCCAAACAGUUAAAUGUGAGAGUAAAGAGUUGCUUCUUGAAUGCUAUGGUAACAUAUUUCAAAUUGCCAUGUUUGAGACUGCCACUGUGCCCCUAACAAUUUGUACAGACCAAUUAAAAGUGAUAUUCCACAGAUUUAUAGACAAACAUCUCUCGCUCCAGUUAUAGAUAAAAGGGUAGUAAAAUAUUCACAUUGACAUAAAUCUAAAAAGAAAUAUCAUAAAGCAAGAAAAGUAUAGUUAAAGGAACACUAUAGUCACCUAAAUUACUUUAGCUAAAUAAAGCAGUUUUAGUGUAUAGAUCAUUCCCCUGCAAUUUCACUGCUCAAUUCACUGUCAUUUAGGAGUUAAAUCACUUUGUUUCUGUUUAUGCAGCCCUAACCACACCUCCCCUGGCUAUGAUUGACAGAGCCUGCAUGAAAAAAAAAACUGGCUUCACUUUUAAACAGAUGUAAUUUACCUUUAAUAAUUGUAUCUCUAAAUUGAACUUUAAUCACAUACAGGAGGCUCUUGCAGGGUCUAACAAGCUAUUAACAUAGCAGGGGAUAAGAAAAUCUUAAUUAAACAGCAAUAAAGGAAGGAUAAAUAGGGCUCUCUUUACAGGAAGUGUUUAUGGAAGGCUGUACAAGUCACAUGCAGGGAGGUGUGACUAUAACCCUGUAAAACAUGAAUUUAAUGCAUGACAAAGACUACAAGGUUGAAACAUUGUGUUACUUUGGGCUUCAAUAAAUUUGCCAUUUCUGAAUCCUAGAGUGCCUGAACCAUCUUUACAUUUUAUACUAUUGCCAUUGGAACCUGGUGCUUGGUCCUGGUUUGGUUGCACCCUAGCUCAGAUUGAUGGGAUUGAGUGCAGCUCCUUAUGUUUAUGCGAAAUGAAUUUAAUGUACGACCAGGAUAAAGCAGUGAUAGUGAAAAUGCUAUUAUCUAUGAAGUGUAAGAAAGUAGUUUUUGCAUCACUGGUUGCUAAGACAGGGUUAUUAAUGUGCAAUAGGUCCAUCUCUUUCUAAAACUCAUGCAUGCCACAAAGAGUUAAUAUAAUGAAGUAGAGGUCCUACAUCAUCUUCUCUAACUCGUCUUUUGAUUUUUAUUGCAAACUCUUCAGUUUCUGUUGUAUGUAUUGGGGCCUACAUCAUCUUCUGUUGCAUUUCAACAAUCCAAAAAUUGUUCAAGUUAGCUAUGUUUUAAGUAUAGUUUUUUUGGAGUUCCAACACUUAGCUUUAAUGACGACCCCAACUGGGCAGGUCUACCCAGAGCUUUGGUCGGGUCCACUCACUGAAGUGGUGCGUGAGUCUGGCAUCAAGCACGCCAGGUUUGCAGACAGCCUAUUGGUCAGCCCACCGCAUAGAGGACCAUGCAGAGAGUGCUGCUAAAGCACUCUUUGCAUGGUCCUAAUGCCUCCUGCACAGCUUAAGCAAGUCUCAUUAUGUGUUUUCGCUGUGCUGCCCAAAUACAGGACACCAUGGAACUAAUGUGAGAGGAUGGGACAAGAUCCCCGAAUCAGAACUGUCCUGUUAAAAGCUAGACAGUUGGGAGGCAUGCAAUUUACACUUGAGUGAAUAACCGUGUCUAUGUAAAUGGGGUUGGAGAGCAGAUGAGAUAGAAAGUGAGUAGUGGAGUAUUUAUAUUUAAAGGAACACUAUAGUCACCUAAACAACUUUAGUUUAAUGAAGCAAUUUUAGUGUAUAGAUCAUGCCUCUCAGGUUUCACUGCUCAAUUCACUGCAAUUUUGGAGUUAAAUCACUUUGUUUCUGUUUAUGCAGCCCUUGUCACACUUCCCCUGGCUCUGAGUGACACAGCCUGCAUGAAAAAAAAAACUGGUUUCACUUUCAAUUAGAUGUAAUUGACCUUAAAGGACCACUAUAGUGCCAGGAAAACACACAAGUUUUCCUGGCACUAUAGUGCCCUGAGGGUGCCCCCACCCUCAGGGUCCCCCUCCCGUCCGGCUCUGGAAAGGGGAAAAGGGGUAAAACUUACCUUUUUCCAGCGCUGGGCGGGGAGCUCUCCUCCUCCAAUCCUCCCCGUCGGCUGAAUGCGCACGCGCGGCAAGAGCUGCAUGCGCAUUCAGCCGGUCGCAUAGGAAAGCAUUAUCAAUGAUUUCCUAUGGACGCUUGCGUGCUCUCACUGUGAUUUUCACAGUGUGAAUCACGCAAGCGCCUCUAGCGGCUGUCAAUGAGACAGCCACUAAAGGCUUUGGGGGAAGGAUUAACCCAUUUAUAAACAUAGCAGUUUCUCUGAAACUGCUAUGUUUAUAAAACAAAUGGGUUAACCCUAGCUGGACCUGGCACCCAGACCACUUCAUUAAGCUGAAGUGGUCUGGGUGCCUAGAGUUGUCCUUUAAGCAAUUGUAUCUCUUUCUCUGUAAAUUGAACCUUAAUCACAUACAGGAGGCUCUUGCAGGGUCUAGCAAGCUAUUAAAGGACCAGUAUAGGCACCCAGACCACAUCAGCUUAAUGGUGCCAGGUCCAGCUAGGUUUAACCCUUUUUUUUUCUAUAAACAUAGCAGUUUCAGAAAAACUGCUAUGUUUAUAAUAGGGUUAAUCCAGCCUCUAGUGGCUGGCUCAUUGACAGCUGCUAGAGGCGCUUCUCACUGUGAUUUUCACAGUGAGAAGACGCCAGCGUCCAUAGCAAAGCAUUGAGAAUGCUUUCCUAUGGACUGGCUGAAUGCGCAUUCAGCCAAGGAGGAGGAAAGUUCCCCGCCCCGCGCUGGAGAAAGAGGUAAAUUUAACCCUUUCCACCCCCUAGAGCCCAGCAGGAGAGGGGCACUGAGGGUGGGGGCACCCUCAGGGCACUAUAGUGCCAGGAAAACAAGUGUUUUCCUGGCACUAUAGUGGUCCUUUAACAUAGCAGGGGAUAAGAAAAUCAAAAUUAAACAGAACUUGCAAUAAAGGAAGGAUAAACUUUAGAUGACUCUUUACAGGAAGUGUUUAGGGAGGCUGUUCAAGUCACAUGCAGGGAGGUGUGACUAUGGGUUAUAAACAACGUGAUUUAACGCCUAAAUGGCAGAGAAUUAAACAGUGAGGCUGCAGGGGCAUGAUCUAUACACUAAAACUGCUUCAUUAAGCUAAAGUUGUUUUGGUGACUAUAGUGUCCCUUUAAAUAAAGGUGCAUAUAUUACACAUAUACAUUUUGUUGACUUUUUUUUUGUACAGAUGUCUGGAGAGAUUUUCUCACCUUUGGAUAACUUGCAUGAUUUGGAGAAGGUGAAUUGCCACCCACUAGCUUGCUUUUUGUGCCACGAACAAUAUGAACAUCCGUGUCUGCUGGAUUGCUACCAUAACUUCUGUGCAAGCUGCCUCCGGGGCCGUGCCAUAGACAAUCGCCUCACCUGUCCUCUUUGUGGGUAUGUUUGCAUGGCAAAAACUGUAUCUGUUAAUCUGAUAUGUAAACACAGGCGUGCUAAACUCAAUCUUUAUAUGAAAACUGAACUGUGAUUUGAGAAAAGCCUUGAGGUUUGCCAAGUUUAAAUUAACUUUUGUAUGAUAUGUUAACCUUUUUUUUAUUUAGAAUUUUUGCAAUUAUACUUGUUAUAAAAAAACACUAGAAUAUCAAAUUUAUCUUUUUUCCUUGCUGAAUUGGGCUUGGGAGUUUGAAAAUUUGAUUUAUAUGUCUCAUUGGGUAAUUAAAAUAAUAAUUCAAUAAGACCCCCAUAUAACUAUAAUGGAGGUAUUUUACCUCCCUGUUCCCCCACUUGCCGAAUGGGUUUUAUCUCCUAAGUGUCUAAACUUAGCGACUGGACUGGCCCUAUCACAUCACAUUUGAAAAAUGACAUGGGGGACAUAGUCCUCCCCAUGCCCCCACCUUUUUUGGUUGAGGAAUUUCUAAAAAAGUAAUGGGGUUGGACAGAUGACUAUUACUAUACCUAUUUCAGAUCACCAUUUUAGUUAAUAUAAUUAAUGGGGGCGGGGGGUACUAUAAUAUUCCCUUACUUACUUAUUCCCUUACUGUCUCUCAGAUAUUUUGAGUUGGCUGAUUAUCAUUGCCUCCCACUCCUGCUGAUCAGCUACAAGCCAGUCAUGUAAAGAACAGUGACCUAUCUUCCAAACAACAUGGGAUUUUUUUUUUCUUAAGAAUAUAUUUUCACUGAUGUUUACAAAGGGAUUGGUACCACCUAUCUAGCGAUUCUUGUAAACUACAUACACCCCUUCAAUGCAUUGGUGUUCCCUGAUGGUAGGGGCCUUUGUCAGCAGGAUAAUGCACCCUGCCACACUGCAAAAAUGGUUCAGGAAUCAUUUGAGAAACAUGGCACGAGUUCAAGGUGUUUUCUUGGCCUGCAAAUUCCCCAGCUCUAAAUCCGAUUGAGCAUUUGUGGGCUGUGCUGGAACAACAAUUUUGAUCCAUGGAGGCCUCACCUUCCAUUUGCAAGAUUUAAUUGAUCUGCUGCUUGAUGCCAGAUACCACAGGACAUGUUCAGAGGUCUUGUGGAGUCCAUUCCUCAACUCAUUAAAAGCUGUAUUUGCAGCAGGAGGGGAAUCUACACAAUAUUAGGCAGGUAGUUUUAUUGUUGUUACUGAUCAGCGUAUACCGAUUAGGGUUAGGAGGGAGUUAUUAAAAUAUUGGAAGGUUGGGGAGCCUUUGGCUAGCUGGAAAGGCUUUAAAAUAAAAUACUAUUCCACACCCAUAAAGCACAUCAGUUUGCUUCCAGUUUAUAAAAGUGACCAAGUCAGAACUUUUAGAAUUAAGUUAUGAAACCGCUCCGUGGCUGUCAGUGAAAUAGCCAGGGAGGUUUGCUUACUCCUUAUGUUACCUUCUCCGAGUUAACAGAAGUGGCAGGCACGCUCUACUUGAGCACACCUGCUUUCUCCCACAUUUUCCUCAUGGAUCUUAAAUUGCUAAUAUGCAGUUAGUUAUUUCCCUGUGAAGAGAUUGAACAUUUAUCCCAGGGGGAAUAUGAGAGGACGUGCAAAGGGUGCAGCUUUUGCAAGCUCUUUAGACAUACUUCCCAUGAAUACAGUUAGUUGGAAUGUAUCUACUAAACAGUGAUUUAAAAAAAUAGUGACUACUUUUGUCUUUCUGAGAAUUUAAAGAUUGAUAUGUUUUGAAUAAAUGUGGCUGUGAUAAUCCAUCAUAGUGAACAUUUAUCCUCUGCUAUUGGACAGCUGUCUGUGACGAUAGUCAUGUAUCCAAUUGUUGAUUCACAUUUUAUUAUAUCAGAAUAAUGUAAGCAGAAAUGCAAGAUGUUCACAAAGGUCCUGUGUGAUUAGUAAAUAGACAGGACAUUGACACGAGUGGUCAUAUGUUGCAUUAUAUCUGCUGAUCACAUGAUAUAAUAUCUCAAUGAUGUGGUUUGGGACUGUGUGCCAUUUCCUCCUCUAACGUGCGAGCAGGCCAGAACUGGCUAAUCGGGCAAAUGCCCAGUGGCCGCGAUGGCCAUAGGCCAAGGCCGGCAGAGGAAAUCACAGGAUCUCCCCUGCCAGUCCCUGCAGGGCCAGAGCUAUCAGAGUGCCUGCCCUGCUAUGUGCCUUUAUGGGCCGGUGGGGAGAUCAAAGAUCUUCCACCUGCACUUUACUGGGCAGCCAGGAGGUAGGAGGGAGGAGAGAGAGGACCCGGGAGCUCUGUCUAGCAGCUCCGCCAAGUCCUUCAUAUCACGAGGUCGGAGCGUUGCUGCGGUUACCGUGGAAACACUCUGGAUCUCGUGUGAGUAAACUCACUGAUGGACCACCAGGGCUUCUCCACCGGACCACCAGGGCAGCAAUCUCCCCCCUCCCUGGGCAAAGGUAAGAAGGGAGGAGAGAAUAUAACUAAAAAAGGAGAUUAAAUACAUGGCUACUUCUAUUCAUUUUAAAUACAUGGUUUUAUUAUUUAAAAAAAUAAAAAUGAAUAUAUAUAUUUGCCUAUAUCUGCACCCUCACAUACACACAUUGCACCACAGACACACAGUACACAUGCUGCACCACACACACACACUGCACCACAGACACACACAGUGCAUCCUUCUCACACACACACACACUGCACCACACACAAAUACAGUGCAUCCUUCACACACACAGUGCACUCUCUCACACACACAACAUGCCUUAUACACACUACACCACUUACAAACACUACAUCCCUUGUAAACACUCUGUAUCCACUACACACACACAGAGGCGGCUCUAGACUUUGAGGCCUUAGGCGAAACUCAAACAUGAGGCCCCACUAAUAAAAAAGUGAAAAAAUAGAGUUGCAAUACAUGCACACUGUUACAUAUACACAUUGAUGCACAUUGAUGCAGCUACCCCAGACACACAUGGUCCCAGACAAAAACGCAAACAUGUGUCUGACAGAGUAUCCUUGUGUGUGUGAAUGUGUGUCUCUGUGAGCAUGUUUGCGUUUUUGUCUGGGACCAUAUGUGUCUGGGGUAGCUGCUUGAAGUGUAUUGUGUGUAUGGGGGGGGUGAUGGUGAGAGAGAGGGGGGGUGAUGGUGAGAGCACUGACUAAUCGGGGGGGAGGGGGGGGAUUCUCCCCUGCCGGCUAAUGCAGGGCUGGCAUUGUCCAAGUGCCAGCCCUGUAAUGUGCCUGCGGACUGGGGAUGGAGAUCAGAUAUCUCCCUCCCCGGUCCGCAGGCACUGUGCUGACAGCCGGCAGGUGGAGGGAGUGAGAGAGGACCCGGGAACUCUUACCUGCAGCUCCUCCGGGUCCUACUCUCGCGAGAGUGAACUCUGGCCCUGGAGCAAAGGGCUAGAGUUCACCUCAACACCACUAGGACCACCAGGGAAUCCCCACCGGACCACCAGGGAUCAAGAAAUGUCCCCCUUCCUCCUCAAUAAAGGUAAGAAGGGAAGGGGGACAUAAUUAUAUAAAUUUUAUUAAAUAAAAAUUAAAAAGCCUCCCUACCCUCCUUCCCCCCCAUACACACACUGCACACCCAUAGACACAUUCCCCCCAUUCACACACUGCCCCCCAUUCACAUACACUGCCCCACACACACAUACAGUGCCCCCCCAUACACACACUGCCCCAAACACACACACACCUGCCCCAUACACACAUUGGACUCAUACACACACUGCCCCCAUACACAUACAGUGCCCCCCAUACACACACUGCCCCACACACACACACCCCCAGACACACACACUGCCCCCACACACCUGACACUGCCCCCCCAUACACACAAUGUCCCACACACCCAUACAGAGCCCCCCCAAACACACAUACACUGCAACUCUCACACACACUGCCCCCUCACAUACACACUGCCCCCAAACACACACACUGCAACCCUGACAUACACUGCCGCCCUCACGCACACACUUCACCGCUCACACACACACACACACACUGCUCCUUUAAUACACACUUCACCCUUAAAACAUACCACUGCUCCUAUGCCCUAUAUCCCAGCAGACACCAGGUAAGGUGUCAAACUGUUCUUAAACGGUUUGACUACUUACUCUGGGAUGGGAUCCUGGCACUACUGACACCAUAACUACUAUACUGAGCUGUAGGGGUUAUUGUGUCUGGAUUAUUUCUUUUAAAUAAUCUACAAGUGCCCCUCCCGAGAUCAGGCUCUGGAUCCACCACUGGGUGAGAAGGAGAUGGGGAGAGGCGGGUGAUGGUGUGGGGUGUGAUGGUGAGAGGGAGUUGAUGUUGAGGGGUGAUGUGAGGGGUUGAUACCGAGGGGGUGAUGCUCAGGAGGUGGUGAGGGGUGAUGAUAGUGAGGAGGGGUGGUUAUGGUGAGGGUGAUCCUGAGGAAGGGGUGAUGGUGAGGUGUUAUGCUGAGAAGGGGGUAAUGCUGAGGGUGGUGAUAGUGGGGGUGAUGCUGAGGUGGUGGUGGGGUGAUGGUGGGGGUGAUGCUGAGUGUGGAUGCUGGGAGUGAUAGUGAGGGGUUGAUACUGGGGUAGUGAGAGGGUGAUAGUGAGGGGGUUGUGCUGGGGGUGAGUGAGAGGGUGAUGGUGAGGGGGGUUGAUGCUGGGGUUGUGAGGAGGGGGUGAUAGUGGGGGUUGAUGCUUGGGGUGGUGAGAGGGGGUGAUAGUGGGGGUGAUGCUGAGGGUGGGGAGGGGUGAUAGUGGGGGUGAUGCUGGAGGUUGGGAGGGUAAUGUUGAGGGGUGGUGAGAGGAGGUGAUGGUGGGGGUUGAUGCUGAAGGUUGUGAGGGGGUGGUGGUGGGGGGUGAUGCUGGGGGUGGUGAGGGGGUGAUGCUGAGGGUGAUGCUGAGGGUGGUGGGGGGUGAUAGUGAGGGGGAGGGUGAUGCUGAGGGUAGUGAGGGAGUGAUGUGAGGGGGAGGUGAUGCUGAGCGUGGUGGGGGGGUGAUAGUUAGUGGUGGGUGAUGCUGAAAGAGGGGAGGGGGAGACAACAUAUCUUUUCUUCCCUGGUGGUCCAGUGGGCUGCCUGGUGGUCCGGUGGCCAUUGCUUCCGGUCUGCAGCUCCGCAGAGCUGCAAACCAUGUAAUCUCGCAAGACCAUCAGAGCGUUGUCAUGGUAACUCGGGGCAACGCUCUGAUUGGCCAGUUCUCGCGAGACACAUGGUCUGCAGCUCUGCUCAGUGCAGAGCUGCAGACCGGUGUCUGCGGUACCAUGCAAGCCGCCUGGUCUCCUCCUGGUGUCUUCCCACAGGCAGUUUAGGCAGCCGCGAGGCCUUAGGUGGCCGCCUGAACUGCCUAAUUAGAGAGCCGCCUCUGCACACACACACACACACACACUCCCCUAUAGACACACACUGCACCACCUACACACACCAUAUAUUUUACAUACACACUCUGGAUCCCCUAUAAACACACUAGAUGCUCAAGCAUGCAGUCUACAUUCCAGAAAACACACACUCUCUACAAUUUAUACACAUACUGCAGUACCUAUGCACACACUUAUUACACCUAUACACAUACACACUCUCACUCUCUUCAGUCCCUAGUUACACAUAUUACAUCACAGACACAUCGCAACUGAAAUCAAAUAAUUUACACAAAACACCACACCACAAUCAGCUCACUAUACACACACAUGUGCAUAAGCAGCGAGCGCAUUAGGCCCUUCGUCUAGAAAAAGCAUUGCUUUCAUAUGAGGAUUCAACGCACGCUGGAUGUCCUCAUGCACUGCCAUUAGAGCCAGUUAUAUUCCUGCAAUGUAAUUAUUGCAGUUUCUCAAAAACAGCACUGAUUUGCAUUGCAAGACUAAGGGGGACAUGGACACUGCACCCAGACUACUUCAAUGAGCUGACGUGCUCUGGGUGCCUAUAGAGUCCCUUUAAGUCUCUAAUAUGAAUGUAAAUGGAAGCAGAGCAUAUAAUGGAAAAAAAAAAGAUUAGCACACGUAAUAGGUAAUUGUCAAGGUUUUAUUCAGCAGUUUACACUUCCAGACAGUUCUACUUUAAUGCAUUGGUCCAUGAUUAAUGAUACAAUAGGUAAAAUCGAAUUUUUUAAAGGAACACUAUUGUCACCUAAACAACUGUAGCUUUAUGAAGCAGUUUUAGUGUAUAGAUCAGGGCUGUCCAACCUGUGCCCCCCCAGAUGUUGCUGAACUACAACUCCCAUGAUUCCAUGGAUAACUGUUUCAUUGAAAGAAUCAUGGGAUUUGUAGUUCAGCAACAUCUGGGGGUCCGCAGGUUGGACAGUCCUGGUAUAGAUAAUGCCUCUGAGGUUUUACUGCUCAAUUCACUGCCAUUUAGGAGUUUAAUCACUUUGUUCCUGUUUAUGCAGCCCUUGCCACACCUCCCCUGGCUAUGACUGACACAGCCUGCAUGAAAAAAAAAAUGGUUUCACUUUCAAUCAGAUGUAAUUUACUUUAAAAAUUGUAUCUCUUGCUCUGUAAAUUGCACUUUAAACACAAAAAGGAGGUUCAGGGUCUAGCAAGCUAUUAACAUAACAAGGUAUAGCAAAAACUUGCCAUAAAGAAAGGAUAAACUUUAGAUGACUCUUUACAGGAAGUGUUUAGGAAGGCUGUGCAAGUCACAUGCAGGGAGGUGUGACUAGGGUUCAAAAACAAAGUGAUUUAACUCCUAAAUGGCAGAGAAUUGAGCAGUGAGGCUGCAGGGGCAUGUUCUAUACACCAAAACUGCUUCAUUAAGCUAAAGUUGUUUUGGUGACUAUAGUGUCCCUUUAAGGUUUGUUCACAAUAAAUGACAAGGUUAUACAUUAAUGUAUGAAUUGUUGGAAAUUUAGAAGUAAUUCAAAGUAAACUUCAAGAUUUAAACCAAAAUAGCAGAAUUGAUAACAAAGUUGACUCUGAUUUUUUUCCAAUUAGGCUAUGUUGAAAUUUUGAAAUUCACUUUGAAUUACUUACAGUUUAAAUUUUAGUGAAUAAUCCUGCAAAGUAUUGUCAUCCUCUUUCUGAAAAACGAAAUUUCACUUUUCUAGUCAGAAUCAAAGCCUACUCUUGUCUGAUCCUUGAAUUAAGAUUACUCCUGACUUUCAAAGGUGGUUUAACGCCAUAAGGACCAAACUUCUGGAAUAAAAGGGAAUCAUGACAUGUCACACAUGUCAUGUGUCCUUAAGGGGUUAAAGCUGAUCUAAACACUGAUUUGAUGCUUUAUUUUUUAGUCGAUAUAAAAACUGUUCAGGUGUCAUUUCCACUUUAAAAUUAAUUUGUUUUGUAGAAAAACAUACAAAGCCUUAGGAUUACAAGUGAUGCUUCAAAUAGAAUAUGGCUUAUCACAAUUACUUUAGCACAGAACAGCUGCACAAGUGCUUCUACUUUUAGCUCACAAUGGAGAAGAGAAGCAGCUCACAAACAAUAAAUAGGAAAGUUAUUGAGCAUGAUUUUGUGUUUAUGGAACCACUAAAAAUAUAUUCAACGUGGCUAUCCCAUGCAUUUAUGAAUGAUUUACAUAGUGAAUUAAAAAAAAAAAAAGUUUUAAAUUAAAGGAUUACUCUAUGCAUUAAAGCAAAUGUAGCUCAUUGAAGCAGUUUUGUUAUACAGUAUAUAUCAAAUGCUCAAUUAUCUGCUCUUUAGUUAAAGGGACACUGUAACUGCUUCAGCUGAUUGAAGUGGUUAUAGUAUUUUGAUUCUGUGACAAACUGCCUUUUGUCACUGGGUUUUUAUGUGACCAGCUGCCCUUUUCCCCUGGCUUUUGGAGGAGCCUGAUUGUCAGCCUCCUGACUCAUGACUAUGGCAUUGGGUUGUAUGGCCCUUUAAAAACUUUAUGUGGGCAUAUUGGGACUUUUUGGAACAAUGCCCCUUUAAGACUGUGUCCCCAGACCUUUAAAAUAUUUUGUUCAUGGCUCUUCCCCACUUGGUUCGGUAAAUGGGUCUUACCGAACCAAUUACUGCACAGGCGGACCACACAGAAGUGGAAGUGUGCUGCUAAUUUACCUCCCAGGCUGGCGGUUAACCGCAGGUUAAUUACCGACCGCUGGGUGGCCGCCGUUCGUACAAUCGAACACGUGGCGGCGGCUGUCUUUAUUUAGUCGAACGCGGUCAGCGGUGUGUGCCACUGAAUCCAUAAAACUAAAAUCGGCUACACAUUUGCACGAACACAGCUGACCCUUACCUUCUCCUCCACUUCGACGCUUUGGCUAAAAUUGAAGUGCGUUCGAUUUGAACGCACAGCUAUACUAAGCCAUUUGCACAAAUGGUGCAUUUUUCGUGCAUUCGAAUGGGACUUAGUCAUUUAUGCAGUGUAAAAUAGACCGACCGCACAGCCCAAAUCUAUGGAACUGUUUUGGGCAGGAAAGCCAUGCUUGCGGUCGGUCAAAAAGAACUUCCAGCUAACUUUUUAACCACUGGAGGGAAUUGUCUGAUUUUGGGUAUGUUUGUAUUUGAAGUAUGCUGAUUAAUAAUAUGUAACUUAUGGAGAUUGUAUGUAUAUUGUGUGAGUUAUGAGAAUGUAUAAAAACUUUAUAUUUUCCUGCCUGUGAUAAUUAAAGGACCGCUGUAGGCACCCAGACCACUUCAGCUUAAUUAGGUGGUCUGGGUGCCUGGUCCAGCUAGGUUUAACCCUUUUUUCUAUAAACAUAGCAGUUUCAGAGACACUGCAAUGUUUAUAUUAGGGUUAAUCCAGCCUCUAGUGGCUGUUUCAUUGACAGCUGCUAGAGGCGAUUCUCACUGUGAUCUUCACAUUCUGAAUGCUUUCCUAUGGACUGGCUGAAUGCGCACGGCUCCUGCCGCGCAUGCGCAUUCAGCCAAAGAGGAGGCGGAGAGGAGGAGGAGAGCUCCCCGCCAGGCGCUAGAGAAAGAGGUAAGUUUAACCCCUUCCUCCCCCUAGAGCCCGGCGUGAGGGGGACCCUGAGGGUGGGGGCACCCUCAGGGCACUAUAGUGCCAGGAAAACAAGUGUUUUCCUGGCACUAUAUUUAUCCUUUAAGUUAACCCAUUGUGUACAGUAAUUAUAUCACAGGCAGAGGGGAGGAUUUUGUUGGAAUGAAUGGGAGUGUUUCACUGUAUUGUACGUGUUUGGCUGUUCUACAAAACCAUGUGGGUGGUAACUGUGUGUAAAAACUUGCAUAAAAGAAAGCCCUUUGGUGCUGAUUAAACAAAUCAUCUUGUACCUUCAUGAAGUUUCGACUCAUGUUUGGGGGAUUGGAGAACUACACUCUGGGGAUUGCUAUAAUCACUUUACUCCCCAGGGUAUAAUCACUAAGCUCUGCUAAGAGCUUGUUCCUGUUCCUGCUCUCUGGAAUUCGGAGAGGUCGACCUACUGGAAGCUGGACCCUGGUCUUGGGUCCAGAGUGGGUGGAGACGCCGAGACCCGAAACAAGCUGUGGCGGUUCGUGGGAGUCUACAGUGGUUAUGGUGUCUGGCAGAGUGCUUGGAGUCCUCGAAAAAUAAUUUAGAUCCAAGGCAUAUGAGCCAUAUAGGAACUGAUGCAGGAAUCUCUUAAGUUAUUUUUCCUUCGUUGUACUCGAUGUGUAAAAAGUUGUAUAAGCAAAAACAUUAAAAAAAAAAAGAGAUUUUUUUACAUUUUAUUCAUACUUAAAGGGACACUUCUAACCUCUGAAGCAGAUAGGCAAAGUAACAAGCAUGCUAUUCAGGUAGUGCAUAUUGCUGUUGCUACCAACAGGUGGCGCUAUACAGGCUUCACAACCAUAUCCACCUACUUUGUAGCAAGCAUCAGUAGGACAGGAGAUACAAUACGUAUAACAAUAAAACAAUACCCACCUCGCACCUAUAAUUAAUACAGGGUGACUUAGACAUAGGCGUAGUCCAGGGUCCUACAUAAAAUUGUGAUGGGCAAUUGUGGGUAUAAUACACAUUGCUACAUUGUAUUUCUUUAAACUGCAACUGUUUCUUUAACUAAUAACCUUUUACCUAUUUACAGUACACAACAUGUUUACUCCAUCUUGUCUUAAUUUAAUGCAAUAACAAUUCAAGGCUUUGCCUAUGUCAUCCUAACGUCUAGUCCAAAUACAGAUUAAAGAUGUCUAGGUUAUGACAUUAGACUUAUUUUGUUAUAUGACCUUCUCUUAACCCUAAGGUGUAUGUCAACCUAACUUCUAGUCCAAAUACAGAUUAAAGAUGUCUAGGUUAUGACAUUAGACUGAUAAGGGUGUUUUUCCUUUAUUUUUAUAUAUGAACUGCUUUUAACCCUAAAAUGAAUUAACCCAUACAUUACCAGUAGUAAUUAGAAAUGCUAUACUAUAUAUACAUGCUAGAUCAAUGCUAGAUAGAGACAUACUGACCGACUCUGGAGGUGACAUACUGAGAGAUUACCUGUAUAAUCAGGAGGGUAUGUUAUACUAAUUAUAUUGCAAGCAUUUAUUCAUUUAAUCUUGUAUACUCUGCUUUAUGAUAUAUUAAUGGAUCUUUAUUCAUUUAUCCAAUAAACUAUAUUAAUAAGACAAAAGUUAUUGCUUCCAACUCCUAUUUUUAUUGUAUUCUCAAUUAUUUAUGUAUUUUAAAUAGAGAAACUCUAUACCGACUAUACAAUAUUUAGCUAAGAUAUCUGUAUGGUUAGCCCUGCUAAAUUCUAAGUUAUAAGACGUUAUAUCGGUAAAUUGGAGUACGAACGGUUACAAAAUGUCCAUAUGAAACCCCAGGUGAUGGUGACUGCCAUCACAAACUAUAAUAUUCCAGCCAAUGGAGGAGGCUUUAACCCUGCAAUGUACAUAUGCAUGUUCCUGAUGUGCCCCCAAUUUGCCCCUUUUUUGCGUAGGUUUUGAAUCCAGAACAAAUUCCUUUAGGGGGCGAGCAACACACCCAUGCACAAUUGGUGCCCCUUUGGUAGUGACCACAGAAAAGCAUAAAUUGAGGAGAGACUCUAGAAGCAGUUUAAGCAUCAAGUAUUGCAGUUAGUAUGUUAAUCUCCCAUAGUAAAAUUAGUAUAGGCCGCUCCGAUAAUGGGGUACUGUGAUGUAGUUGUGGACUUAACACAAUAUUGCCAUGUGGUAUAACUGAAUCCCCAUAUUUGUUAGCUGAGAUAGGUGAUUUAAGUAGCCUUGUAAAAAAACAGUUCCCAUGCUCAAUCAGUCUUGUGCUUACCAGGCUGCCUGCAUCAAAGGGGUUAAUAAUGUACCACUGUUUUAAUAUUGUUCAUACUUACUGGAGCCCCCUGGUGGCAAUGUUUUUAUUCAAUGAUUGCUAGCCAAAGUAAAAACUAUAUAUCAUUUUUUCAUUUUCACAAUAAUUAUAGAAAGAAAAAAAAAGCAUCUAUUGGUAACACAAAAUCUUGGCAUUUUUUAUAGGGUACUCAUCUAAGUAGGCUUGAAUAUAUUUAGAGGCAAAUCAGAUUUCAGGAUUUGAAAAUUAUAAGCAGACAUUAUUUUGGAUCUCCUGUUGUAUACCUUCUUGUACGCAAAAGGAAUCUGUGCUUCAUUCCAUUUUCUUAUCCCACAGGGAAUAGAGAUACUCCUGUAUGGAUAUGGAGAUAUAUAUAUAUAUAAAAAAUUUUAAACAAGGUUAUGAUCUACAAAGUGUAGCACGUGUUGUAGAAAUAUUGCUUUUUCUUUAUUCGAUUGUUUAGAAAUCUUUUACUUGUGUGAAAACAAAAGCCAACCUAGCUACAUCAAUAACACAAAUGAUAUACAUUUAUACAGAAAGAUAACAUGUAUGGCAUGGCUAAUCAACCCUCAGCUCCAAUUAUUCAGGAACACGAGUGGUCUGUUGGCUGCUGAUAUUAAUUAUCCAUCUAAUUCAAUUGCUUACAAAUACGUUGGAUGGAGAAUCCUGGAUUUUGGUAUUAUGGUAAUGAUUUCCUUGCAAAUAAUUGCCUUCUGACUGUGUGACAUCUGGUUAAUGAGGAAUAGAUUUUCAUACACACACACACUUUAAAGAAAAGAUCCUGUUCUUUUUUAAAAAAAUUUUAUGAAGCAUUAUUUUGUUCAUUAUAUAGUUCAGUAUAUUUGACUACGCAUCUUACUCAGACUUACAAUGAAGCAAAAUAACCCUGCCGAGGGCUUAAAACUAUUUUCCCAGCUGGCUACUAUUGCUGUCAACAAUUAUUGUUGGCUUGCAAAAAGCAAAUGAGGGAUAAUUUGUGUAUGUGCAUCCUACCAGAUACAUUUGGUCCAGAAUUUCUUUAAAAUCUGUGUUUUGUAAAUGUACGGAUUCUAUAGAAUUCAAAUGCGAAAAAGCACUGAUUUUAAAGUUAACAUUGAGUGCAUCCUGACGAAUGGUGCAGCAUCAGUCUGGCUGACCGAAUUCCAAACAGAUUUGUGAUUGGUAAAUAUCCAAUCUGGGAAAAGGAUCUGAUGCAAUGUUCUUUCAGUCUGAAUAUCUGUCUAUAUUUCUUUUUGUUUAAUAUGCAGAGGAGGAAUAAAAUGACUCUUAAAGGGACACUGUAACUGAUCUUACUAAAGUGGUUAUAGUGUCUGGAAUCCACUGCUGCCUUUAUUUGGCUUAAACCAUUUAUAAUUUUUUAAAGCUAAACAAGAGUCUCAAGUAGCUGAUUCUUUAUUUUCUGCUUGGGCUAAAAAGGACGCAUUAAAGGGAACAUCAAUGGGUGAAGGUGAGUGUCAGCUAAUUGCUUUCCGCCUAUCACAUCCCACAUUGCUGGUAUGAAUUGGUACGACUAGAAGGAAGCGUAUAAUCUAUGUCUUAGACAUAUUUCCAGUAAGGGCCUGGCUGCUGAUGGCCAUGGAUCCUAGUUUAGUGUUAAACUGCUCAAAAAUGGUUCUAAAUUUAACAGAAGAACAGUACCAGGGGACUCCUGGUACCAUAACCAAUUAAAUGAGAUGAAAUGGUUAGAAUGCCAACAGUAUUCCCUUAAUAUGUGCAAGUUCAUAUUCCCUACAGCUAGGGUUUACCUAUCAAACCUAAAGCACUGUAGCUUAAACUGUCACCGUCUGGGGACUUUGCAUGAUUUGACAUUGACAUCGCCGCUGAAGGUCCGGUGGCCUGGGGGACAAGCAAAGGUGAGUUUUACUUACCUGUCCCUAGCAGGCACUACCAUCCUCUUUGGCUGGUCCUCUUCUGCCACUACUGUACUCUCGCACAUGUUCCUUAGAUUAGAUUUAAUUUCCCUGCAGCUGCCACUGGUGACAGCUGGGAGAAAAGACAAAUUUGAUGUUAGGAAAAUGGAUUCACAGCGACAACUAUCAGUCUUGUGCAUUCCAGCAAGAAUGAGAGCACAAAAACUGCCUUAAACAGGAACUGGAGACCUAUCAAGACCAGAUUUGACCUGGGGACCUGUCAAGACCAGAUUUGACCUGGAGACCUGCCAAGACCAGAUUUGACCUGGAGACCUGCCAAGACUAGGUUUGAGGGCAAACUAUAGUCAGAAAUUUUUUAGCACCAUUAUCUGGGAACUGCACCAAGAUGCUCCUAACAUCGUAAGCUCUAGAGCGAGCAGUAAUGAUUAUGAUUGUUGGAGUAACCCUUUAAGGUUGCUAAUAUUGUAAAAGACUCCACCAUCAUCUCUAGCUCUGUGAGACCAAAGAGAUCCUACCUUUCAUCAUCUUUUACACAGAUCAUAACCGGAACCAGGGAUAGGCAACCUUUGGAACUCCAGAUAUUGUGGACUACAUCACCCGUAAUGCUAUUGCAGCCACAACCCAUUCCUUAAUUCAUAGAAUGUGCUAGGGUUUUCUAGAGUCAAAGCAAUAUGUGGCUGAAAGAGUGGUCCAAGCUAAUAAAAAUGGACCUGCACACUUACAUUCAGUACACUCCCUAACCGCUGCUCCAGCAGCUUUGAGAUCAACAAUGAUGACCUUGAUCCAAUCAAAUGCUUCUCAUUGACAGACACUUGCGACCCACGAGGCAUGCUCUGUAAUCACAGUGAUCUGCCAAUCUGAUGCAUUGCAUGAUGGAGUUGAAUGUGAAGUUUUUCAAUGAAGUGGAGACAAUUGGUUAAUUAUGUAAAUUGGAAGUUUCAAGUCAUUGCACUGAAAUCGUUGCUAUUACAUAUACAGGGCACAUACUCACUGCAAUAUUAUUUGCAAAACUCUUUCCAGCUGAUUCCUUGUUUAAUACAUAGUUACAUAAAACAAUGAUCAUCAUCGCAUUACCUAGAGCAGUACUUCUCGAACGAGACCUCAAACAGCACCGAUUGUCCGACUUCUAUCAAUGUCCCCGCUGGUACUGGAUUGUGUAAUCUUUAAGUCAUGGACAAGUGAUGCACCUGAAGAAGUGGGUUGAGAACCGUUGGGCUAGACCACGUCAAACUAUAUAACUGAUUUUGGUUUUAUUGUGAUUACUGCACAAGAUUAAUCGUUUCAUUUAUUAAUUAAUCUAUUUUCCACAGACAUCAAUCUAUAGUGAAAGGGAAUAAUGGCCUUCCUCCAGUUGAUAGACUGCUUAAGUUUUUGGUGGACAGUUCGGCUGACAGCGAAGAAGUGGUCCAGUGUGCCAACUGUGACCUAGAAUGCAAGAAACAGGUUAGAUUAAAUAUAUAAUAGUGAUCUACAGUAUUUUUUCUUUUUUUUUCUUAUAUUGUUGAAUAUACAUUGUAUUGACACCCCAUAUGAACAUCUAAGUAGAUUAUUCACACCUGCUUUUGCCUACUUGUCCAGUGACAUACCCAGAGAUAAAAAUUGUAUUUAUACUAUUUAUUAUAUUGCAAUAUGCUCUAAAAUAGACUUAGUAUUAGCUUGGUUUGAGGAUCCUUGCAACCCUUGGCAAAUUUGCAUUAAAUAUUGUCUUCGUACAUGAGUUUCUUGACUGAGGGUAUUCAGUAACAACAUGGUGCCAGUAAAAUUAAAGCGAUACGCCAUUGUCAAAGUACAAAAAAAAAUAAUGGUAAAAAAUCCAUAAUUACAGUUUAGUACAGUUAUAGCAAAUCUUUUUGAGCCAUAGUGCCCAAACUGCAAGAGAAAACCAACAUAUUUAUCUUAAAAUGCCAACACUGCAAUUAAACCUGAAAACUGAGAUUUAUUUUAGAAAAACAUGUGACCAUCACAUGAGGAGUCUGUCUUUCUCUAGUUCUGCUCCACCUGACUAUUCAACCUAUUAUGUCUUACUCUACAUCCCUGGAUCAGUAAUGACCCCUGCAGAUCCAAGCCUGCUCUAGCAGUUCCCCGUAUAGAGAGCAUUAGUGACACAUAGACACAUAGAAUGUGAUGGCAGAUAAGAACCAUUCAGCCCAUCUAGUCUGCCCAAUUUUCAAAAUAUUUUCAUUAGUCCCUGGCCUUAUAUUAUAGUUAGGAUAGCCUUAUGCCUAUCUCACGCAUGCUUAAACUCCUUCUCUGUGUUAACCACUAGCACUUCAGCUGGAAGGCUAUUCCAUGCAUCCACUACCCUCUCAGUAAAGUAAUACUUCCUGAUAUUGAAGACUAUGUCCUCUUGUUGUGGUAGUUUUUCUUCUUUUAAAUAUAGUCUCCUCCUUUACUGUUAAUUCCCUUUAUGUAUUUAAAUGUUUCUAUCAUAUCCCCCAUCUCGUCUUUCCUCCAAGCUAUACAUGUUAAGAUCCUUUAACCUUUCCUGGUAAGUUUUAUCCUGCAAUCCAUGAACCAGUUUAGUAGCCUUUCUCAGAACUCUCUCUAAAGUAUCAAUAUCCUUCUGGAGAUACGGUCUCCAGUACUGCGUACAAUACUCCAAGUGAGGUCUCCACCAGUGUUCUGUACAAUGGCAUGAGCACUUCCCUCUUUCUACUGCUAAUACCUCUCCUUAUACAACCAAGCACUCUGCUAACAUUUCCUGCUGCUUUAUUACAUUGUCUGCCUACCUUUAAGAAAUAAUUACCCCUAAAUCCCUUUCCUCAGAUGUUGAUGUUAGGACUCUAUCAAAUAUUCUGUACUCUGCCCUUGGGUUUUUACGUCCAAGAUACAUUAUCUUGCACUUAUCCACAUUAAAUGUCAGUUGCCACAACUCUAACCAUUUUUCUAGUUUACCUAAAUCAUUUGCCAUUUGGCUUAUGCCUACUGGAACAUCAACCCUGUUACAUAUCUUCGUAUCAUCAGCAAAAUAGCUUGGUUGCUAUGUCUAAGUGCUGCUCCCCUGUGCAGUUCCUGGGCACACUCCCCUGUGCAGGACCUGGGCACACUCACUCCAACAGCAUCCACCAGCUGGCUCACUGCACUUUACUGAGAGGUUAAAAAAAAAAAAUGUAUUCUUGUGAUUUCUGAGCACCCUUGAUGCUUUGUUUCCUGCACAGGAUACACUCCCAGAGACAUCACUAGCCUAGGCAAUGACAGUAGUGACAUGGCUUAAAACUUUAUUUCCAUGCUCCCACAUAGGGCUUAGCAACACCUUUAUCCCCAUUACUAUACUGCCUGUCACAAACCUGAGGGGGAGUGGGGCUGAGUGCCACACUCCUAGCAUAGUCCUGACCCAGGAUGGGGGAGCAUAAGAGAAUAGCUCAGUGUGCCUGAGGAGCGUUUAUAAAAAAAAAUGUGGCAAGCUUAUGUCUCGUGUGCCAGCAUGCAUGCCAUAGGUUCGCCAUCGCUAGUUUAGUAAUUAAAGCCCCAAUGAAAACAUGCAUGCAUUUAGUUAUGAUUUUUUUUUCUUUGGGGAUAUAUCUAAAAACAGCUUGCAAAAUCUGUAAAUAUUUUGUCUGCAGCAUUUGCAAGCCCACCCCUUAAUACCCAGCCCAAAUUUUCUGUGGCCAUCCAAUCAGACUUCCCAGUGCAGCUCAAUGGGAAGUAUUUGCAAGGCAAGGUUUAGUAUGUGAGCUGAAGUGGCCUGGGUGGUAAUUGAAAUAUCUCCUCCAGCACUUGCAUUGGCCAGAAGGAGGUGGACAAUGUUCUUGGAAAAGUUUGGGAUGUAUAUCGGUAAAGAGUAUGAGUAGGAAUUGCAUUUCACCAAAAGUUGGGAAAUAUUUCAUGAGCACCAUGGCAUCUAAACUAAUUUUAAUGUGUUAUAGAAUGUUUUCGUUAUAAUAAAAUGUUUCUUUGACUCUCUUUCCUAGGAUGGAGACGUGAUGUUUUAUUGCAACACUUGCAACCAGCCACUGUGUGUCAAGUGCAGAGAUGAAACUCAUAAAGCAAAAAUGUUCUCCCGUCAUGAGAUAGUUUCACUGUCGAAACAUGCAAAAGACAUACAUAAAAAAUGUUGUAAGUAUAUCAGUAACCUAAAUAUACAGCCUCUGAUCUCUUUAUUAAUUGAGAGGAAUGUGGAAACUCCAAACCCAAAUAUAGUUAAGUACUAUAAGGCGGCGGGAAGGCAAUAUUUGGGGAUAAUAUGCAUUUACAAUCUUUUAUAUAGUAUAUAGAAAUUAAAGAUUGUUGUUAUUAUUAUUGACAUUUAUAUAGCGCCAACUUUUUGGCAGUGCUUUAAGGUAUUAUAAAGUGGGGAUGUUAACAAUAAAUGAGACAAUUACAAAUUGUACUGGAAAAAUAGAUUGACGAGGACCCUGCUCAAAAUAGUUUACAAUCUAGAGGAGGUGGGGUCUAUAAACACAGGAAGAGUACCGUUGGGAUAGCAACCAAGCAACAGGGUGAGAAAAUAGCAGAAUUGGAAGGUGAGAUUGGAAUGUGGACCUCAAAGAUAGUGAGAGUAUGUGAAAUAACAGUUCCUCUGGCAGGCCAUAGGCUAUUCUGAAUUGAUGGGUUUUAAGGGACUUCUUAAGUGAUUGAAGCGUAGGGUAGAGUCUGAUUGGACUGGAGCCACCGAGAGAAGUCCUGCAAGCAGGGGCGGUGCGUCCAUAAGGCGGCACAAGCAGUUACCUUAGGACGGACUGGCCUGGGUGGCGCUAGAUUAGAGUGACCAGUAGGAAGGAAGCCACAGCUCUCCCUCCUACCAAACACUCAGUGUAGUGUGGCCGAGCGGAGCACAACGUGGUACAGGAGCUUCAGUUUCCUGUACCCUGCCGGACUCAGUGAGAGAGCACUUCCUGUCAGACCGGCUGGGUACAGGAAACUGAAGCUCCUGUACCAUGGUUCGCUCCGCUCAGCCCCACUACAAGAAAGGUAAGAGGCACACCGAGGAGGGAAGGGGGAGGAACGCUAAAGGGGAGGAAGGGGCGCGGUCCAAGAGGGGGAGAGAGAUGGGCUUAAAGGGACACUAUAGUCAGGAAAACAACUUUCUUUAACUUAAUGAAACCGUUUUGGUAUAUAGAACAUGCCCCUGCAUCCUCAAUGCCCAAUUCUCUGCCAUUUAGGAGUUAAAUCACUUUGUUUAUGAACCCUAGUCACACCUCCCUGCAUGUGACUUUCACAGCCUUCCUAAACACUUCCUGUAAAGAGCCAUAUAAAGUUUAUCAUUUCUUUAUUGCAAGUUCUGUUAAAUUUAGAUUUUCUUAUCACCUGCUAUGUUAAUAGCUUGCUAGACCCUGCAAAAGCCUCCUGUAUUUGAUUAAAGUUAAAUUUACAGAGCAAGAGAUAAAAUUGUUUAAGGUAAACUAUAAGCAAAACCAGUUUUUGUUUCAUGCUGGCUGUGUCAAUCAGAGCCAAGGGAGGUGUGGCAAGGGCUACAUAAACAGAAACAAAGUGGUUUCACUCCUAAAUGGCAAUGAAUUGAGCAGUAAAACCUGAGUAGCAUGAUCUAUACCAUGGGUCGUCAAACUGGUCCCUACUGCCCACCAGUGGGCGUUUUAGGAUUCCAGGUGGGCGGUUGCAGAAUCCUCCCCCCAUCCAGAGAGAUGAACGCUCUAUUCAUCUCACGCGCACUCAGUGGUAAGCAGGAAGUGCGAGGUUGCUGAUGCGAGUGCAUGAAAGUGCAAGCGUGUGUGCCUGAAGUGCAUGUGCGCCCAUAUCGUACGCACGUAGGAAUGUGUGCGUUCAUGAAUGAGUGUAACAUGCAGGUAGAAGAAGGGGAGGAGUUGGAGUAGGUAGGGGGAUACACGAUAGCAGGGAGUGGAGUAAUUGAAAAAUAGGAGAAAGAAGGAGAAGAGUACUUGUAGAAUAGGAGUAAGAAGGAGCAGAAUACUUGUAAAAAAAAGGAGAAGGAGCAGAGUACUUGGAAAAAAGGAAAAGAAGGAGCAGAGUACUUGUAGAAUAGGAGAAAGAAGGAGCAGAGUACUUGUAGAACAGGAGAAAGAAGGAGCAAGUACUUGUAAAAAAGGAAAAAGAAGGAGCAGAGUAGUUGUAAAAUAGGAGAAAGAAGGAGCAGAGUACUUGUAGAAUAGGAGAAAGAAGGAGCAGAGUAUUUGUAAAAAGGAGAGAGAAGGAGCAGAGUACUUGUAGAAUAGGAGAGAGAAGGAGCAGAAUACUUAUAAAAAAGGAGAAAGAAGGAGCAGAGUACUUGUAGACUAGGAGAAAGAAGGAGCCGAGUAUUUGUAAAAAGGAGAAAGAAGGAGCAGAGUACUUGUAGAAUAGGAGAGAGAAGGAGCAGAGUACUUAUAAAAAAGGAGAAAGAAGGAGCAGAGUACUUGUAAAAAAGGAGAAAGAAGGAGCAGAGUACUUGUAGACUAGGAGAAAGAAGGAGCUGAGUAUUUGUAAAAAGGAGAAAGAAGGAGCAGAGUACUUGUAGAAUAGGAGAAGGAGCAGAAUACUUAUAAAAAAUGAGAAAGAGGGAGCAUAGUACUUGUAUAAUAGGAGAAAGAAGGAGCAGAGUACUUGUAAAAAAGGAGAAAGAAGGAAAAUAAAAUAUAAAAAGGAGAGAAUUGUUGUUGGCUAAUAAUAAUAAGUGGGCUACCUAGCUCAGCCUUACUGCUGGGCAUUGCUAUAAGGAAAGUAAAAAAAAUUGAAAAAAGGAAAAGGGGGGAGGGAGGAGUAAGGAUUGAGGAGGGGAGCUGAUGCACAAUGAGAAAUCAUAUUAUGUGCAAACAGAGAAAUCAUCUGAAUAUCACCGAAAGAGGAGACCCUUGUUUGUUUCUUACGAAAAUCGAACCAGAUAUCAAAUAUUUAGUCUCGCAGCAUCAACCUCAAGGAUCUCAUUAAUCACUAGUUAAAGGUAAUUUCAAUUUACUUUAUUGUUUUCUCAUUAAACUUUAUAAAGUUAUAAACAUUAUAAAUAUGCAUUAACUAGAAAUAAAAAGAUAAAUGUACGUACAUUUUUAAAAAAAAUUUUUUUAAACACCCUCCUUUCUAAAAAAUAUUCUGCACUUGCGCGAAAACUGGUGGGCGAUAAGAAAAUUUUUCCAUCUAGAAAGAUGCAUUAGUGGGCGGCAAGGUUACUUCUAAACUUCAAACCUGAUACAGCUGAUAGCAUUCUAAACUUCAGAUAAUUAUAAAAACUAAAUAUAGUUGUGAUCUGUUUAUACUACUUUUUAUUUAUUUUAGGAUUGUAUAUUUUUAAGGUCAUGUAUAAAAUAUUCUUGUUAAUAUUCUUGUUUGUAUUAAGCAUACUGUACAUAUUUUGAUUCUACUAAAACUUUCUUUCAAAAGGACUAUGAAAGACACACAGGAAAUUUACAAGACAAUUUAUGAAUAUAUAGAACAUUUUAUGAUAAAUUAUAGCUUACUAAUUUCUACCCAACUUCUAUUUUGACAUAAUUUGCCUUUACAUCCAUAGUUCAACUUUAAAUUUCCAAAUUGUAUUUAAUCAUUUUUAAAUAUGCUUUCUCUUGUUUUCAGCACUGCACGAGGAGCCAUAUAUAAUGUUUUCCACUGAGAAGAAAUCCAUGCUUUGUAUUAAUUGUUUCCGCGACAUGCAAGUGUGAGUUCAAUUUAUUGCAUGACACCAAAGCAUCUAUAUGUAUGGCAGGUUGUUAUUGCCCAUAGAAUAGUAGUCAAGGCGUUCAACUAGAAAUCUGGUCAUUUUAUCAAAACCUUUUUCAUAUUAAGGGAUCCAUGUUAUUGAAAGUGUUUGAAUACCCCCUACUCUCAUUAUGUGGGGCAUCGAUGAAUAAACAAUAUGCCGGCAGGGAGUUACAUAUGCCACCCUUGUUACAACAUCCCAGUUGUUUGUGGUAUUUGUGGCAGGAUAGGAAAAUAGUUUUAAUGAUGCGUGAUAUGAGGAUUUAUAGGUGGCUGGUGGAAUUGGGUGUACUUUGGCUUCACCUGGUUCCCUGGGUUAAGACUUGUUUCACUUGCCCCUUCACCUCCCAUUGGGGGAUGAGAAUGGUUUGUGCUGCUGUUAUUACAUUGACAGACCACUGUGUGGUUCCCUUUGAUAUUAAGGGGCUGCACAUAAGUUAAAGGGGUUUUGUAAGGUGAUAUGUUUUUGUUUUUUUUGUGUGUUGGUGGGUUUGAUUUCACAUAUAGAGAAGCAAAUUAUUAAUAAUUUUAUUGGCGUUUACAUAGCACAAACAUAUUCUGCAAUGCUUUAUGAUUCUAGAAUAAGAAUAUUUGACAACAAGUAAUUGAAUAUAAGAGAAACAAGAGGUGAAAAAGCCCAUUCUCAAACAAGCUUACAUUAAGAACAAUCUAUCCUACAGACUGGCAAGGGAUCUUUGUGAAGUUUUCCUGAUCCCAAUUAGUAUUAAUUAAGUUUAGUUUCAUGGGGAUCAAUAAGCAAAUAGUAUUUUUAACUGAAUCACCCAUAGGCCUUGUCAAUCAGUGUGGCUCUUCCUACUUACCAUGCAACCCCUUGCAGUGCGCAAUGGAUUCAUUGAGUGCAAACAAUGUCUCUCUGUAUCAUGUCUUUGGAACACAGAACAUAAGUAUGCCUAAAAUAUUAACAUGGGAUCUAUAUAUUUUAUAGCACAAUGUAUAAAUGAAAAAAUAUAUUUGAACUCCAUUAAAGUGUCUUCUGCCCAAAGCAUCCCCGCACAUUUUUCAGCCACUUAGAAGCUUAAAAAAAGCAAUCUGCACUUCUCUUUGAUGUACUUGAAGAAAAUUACAAUAGACUUGUGACUAGCUCAUGUUUUUAUGUAUAUUUUAUAGAGAGAGCCGUGCUCACUGCAUUGAUAUUGAAACUGCCUACAUGCAGGGAUGUGAGAAGUUGGAUCAAGCUGUCAUGGUAGGUUAAAAGCUCAUUUAAAAUGUUCAAACGUACUGGACUUGCAUUAUUAAAGAGGCGCAUAUACCCACGGCAAUUUUGAAAAAAAGAUUGUGCAUCCAAUCACAAUGGUGAGAGUAUUGCCACAUUGAGAAAUAUGUAUGUAUGUAUGUAUAUGUAAAAUAACAGAUGAAAUUCCUAUCUUGUAAUACCUUUUUUAUUGGACUAACAGAAUUUUGGAAUGACAAGCAUUUCAGAAGUGCUUUAGACUAGAGAAAGGGAGGUUCUCCUGAAAGCUUGUCAUUUCAAAAUUCUGUUAGUCUAAUAAAAAAGGUUAUUACAAGAUACAAAUGUAAUCUAUUAUUUUAUAUCUGCAUCACUGGACUAAUGCAGCUACAAUCUAUUCUCUCUUGCUCUUUCUCACUCUCUAUAAAAAAAAAAAUAGUUUCACUCUUUAACUGUAAGUGUCUCUAUAUCAUCAUUGUUAAAUUGUAGACUUAUUCUAAGACUCGAGAGUGUGGAUUUAUUUUUUACAAACACUAGACUUUGCACCCAGGCAUUCACAUAUAUAUAUUCUUACAGAGAGAGAAUACUUAUUUAAUUUUCUAGAGCUAAAAAUGUGGGUAAGGUACAACUUUGUAUAAUUUCAGUAAAUCUUUUUCUUUAGUUCAAAUGCUAGUAAAUAUACGAACUGAUUAAUGGCUAGAUAUACAAAAAGAACAACAAAACCAAGGAUUUUAUUCACAAUUGAAUUAACAAAGACAACAUACAGUGACAGGUUCUUUCUGUUUAUGUGUUUGUUAUAGGCAGUUAAAGAACUACAGACGUCAACAAGGGAGGCAAUUUUGCUUCUCAAAGCAAUGAUUGAAGAGGUGAGAAAUAGUGCAGAUGUAGAGGAGACCGCAAUCAACAGCCUUUUCAGCAGUAUGCAGGUACAGUAUACUGUGUCCCUUUACAGUUCAAUGACAUGUGCUUUACAUGGCAUAUAGUUACAAAGGUACACUCCCAAUUGAGAAGCUGUAAAACUCCAAAAAUGAAAGAUGUCUUGGAAGGGCUUUACCUUAUCACACAAUUGCAGGUUAAGGUCAAAUACAUUUAGUACAUAAAGUCUAAGACCUUACUGGACCAAAGCUAAUAUAUUCAACUGUAUAAAGUGCUCACCAACUGGAGUUACAGGCAGGGCCGUCUUUAACAUUGAUUGGACACUGGGCAGGCAUUUGUUUGGGCCCCCUGGAUCCUGCCAUCCCUCGCCCUCCCCCCACACUUUCACUCUCUGGCAUGCAAUCACGCCCUCCACCCCAACACAGUGGCAGAACUAAUGUAGACAGGGCCCUGGUGCAAGACAUUGUUUUGAGCCUCCCCUCUAGCGCAAGAGCAGAGAAAAGAUAGAUCCUCAUCUGUUGUACAAUUCCAACGAUGCUAUGCCAGCUGGGGAUCUACCAUUUGUCCAUUUUUGCAGGGCUGUAUUUGUGAGCAGUGUUUGUGCAUUUGAAUGUGAGCAUGUUGUUGUAUACCGUAUGUGUGUGCAUGUAGGGUGUAGUAUUGGUGUUUAAGUGUAGGGAUGUGUUUCUAUAUACUUUUUGAGUUUGAAUUCAGGGGUGUGUUUGUAUGUAAUGUUUGCAGGGGUGUGGUUGCAUGUUGUGUUUGAUUGCCGUGAUGUAUGAUAUACAUUCACAGAUAUACAUACACAUUAGCACACUGAUACAUGCACACAUCUGGACACAUGCACACACUGACAAAGACUGGCGUAUACACACACAGCCACAUACAUAAAUACACGUGCACACACAGAGAUAAAAACACUGGCACAUCCACACACAGAGAUACACACUUACACACACUGACACAGAUAUAUACACAAAUACAUAUGUAUUUGUGUGCAGUGUUGGCGUAGGAAUGCUGGGAUGUAUGCAUUGUCACACAGAUGCACUCACACACAAACAGUGAUACACACAGGAACACAGAUACACAUGCAGUGGUGUAUUUGUGUGCAUUGUUAAUGUUGGAAUGCAGGGUUGUAUUUGUGUGCAAGGUUAGAUGGGAUGUAUGCAUUGCCACACGCACAGAUACACACUUACACAUACUGACACUCAUACACACACAGGUACAUAUACACAGACAAGCAGGUAUACAUACAAACUGACACAUAGGUAUACAUACACACAGAUACACAUAAACACUGACACAAAGGUACAUGUACACUGACACAAACACAGCCAUAUAAACGUACACUGACACAAACAGCCAGAUACACACUGACACAGCCAGAUACACACUUACACACACAGUGUCAGAUACACACACACAGUCAGACACAAAUACAGCCAGAUACAAUCACAGCCAGCCAGAUACACACACACACACACACACACAGUGAGAUAUACACACACACAGUGAGAUAUACACACACACACACACACACACAGUCAGAUACACACACACACACACACACAGUCAGAUACACAUACACACAUACAGUCAGAUACACAUACACACACACACACACACACACACAGUCAGAUAUACACACACACAGAGUCAUAUGAAUUCGCAUAGUUUAGCCACCCUCCUUACCUUUACAGAAGUGUGGCUUCCCUGUGGUCCAGUGGGAGCUGGAUGGCUGAGAUUGAUGGGAGUCUUCUUCUUCUUGGUCUGUACCUCCUCCUGCUCUCCAUGUAUGCCUCCUCCUCCCCAGCGGCACUCUGUUAAUUGGGAGGAAGUGACCUCACAACACUUCCUCCCAGCAGGCAGGAAGACAGGGGCUCGGUCAGGAGCUCUCUUAAAGGGCCGGGGCCCCUGAUUACAUCACCUUCUGCAGCCCACCGGGAUAUUUCUCAGUAUCCCGGUGGGCUGUUCAGACCUGGCUGCAGGCAGGGUGCCCACAGGGCAGCUGCUUUGGGCCCCCCAGGAGCAACUGGGCCCGGGCAGCUGCCCCGUUUGCCCCUUGUUAAAGACGGCCCUGGUUACAGGAGCCCGAGAUUCAGGGAAGGUUAGUCCCACCUACGAUGGUCACCAAAAGAGAUGAUAUUACCGGCUACCAGUAUCCAUGGUUGAAUCCCAGAUGUAUAGCAGGAAAUGCUGCUACAAAAUUCAAAAUGUCUAAAACGAAUCUCCGUCAUUACCAUUUCUUUAAUGAGGACAUUUUCCCAACAUGUUUUUGUUUAUUUGAUAUAUUUUGUAUAUAUCUGUUGUUUUUUUUUGUUUUGUUUUUUUUGUGGUUUUUUUUUUUGUUAAUGAAUACUUGAUAACUACUGAGACUAUAAAUUGUUUAGUUAUAAUUUUCCUUUUUUUCAACUAUUAAUGUUAAUUUAUGCACCUAUUAAACAUUCUGAGUUUUGCAGUUGUAUUUUCUUCUAUCGAUCUGGGAUACAACAAUGGAUACUGUUAGCCGGUAAUAUCUUCUCAUUUUAUUGAUCGUCAUUAUAAGGUCAAAUCUAUGCCACCAAAUGUAUAACUCUCUUCUUCGAUAGCGAGGAGCCUUCCAAUAGUUGUAUUACAAUAGGAAAUAAAAUGUGUUUUCUAUAGCUGGUUAUUUCUAAAGCUGCAGAAACUGUUGUUGUACAUGUAUGUGUGUUUUAUUUUUUAUAUUUUUAAUACUAAAGUAGAUUACGGAGUUAAUUACCAUAAUCUCAUUUUCAUAUAUGACUAUGUAUUACGCCUGCUCAAAAAUGUAAAUUCCAUUAGUGUGCAGCUCUCUAUAGCUAGGAAUACAUGGGGUAUUAUAUGAGAUUCUAGAUGUUUGUACCAGUGGCCACUGAGUGAUGCCACGGAAUAAAAUCGUUCUAUAGUUGUGGAAAGCCCAGUUCACUAGUGGUUAACACAUGGUAGUACUAAAUCUGGAAUUGCAGAUUCCAAGGAUGUGGAUAUCCGCUUUAUGCCCAUUAAGUGCAACAUGCUUAGGAUUUACUCUGACUACUGAUGCAGAAAACUCUUCUAACCUGUUAUCAGUUUGUGUAGUACCAGCCAUAAUAUCUUAAUCUGUAAUUUUCCUGGAAAAGUACCUUUAUUCCCCAUUACAAAUUUCAAACUGAUUUGAUUCUGCAUGUAACAGUUAUCCACUAGGUGUCAGCACAGUCCUACCAGCUUAUGAUUCGUUUUAUAUUAUUAUUUUUGUUUAUUAGCAUAUGCUUGAUUAAAUGAUUAUUUUAAAACACAAUUUCAACCUCCCCCCCCACCUCCCCGGAAAAAAAAAAGCUACAUUACUUGGGUAGAGGUUUUGAUUUUUUGGAUGAUGUAAUGAAAGAUGGUGCUACUAAGAUGUGUGCCUCCUGAUAAUUGUUCACAUAUUAAAUGUACACUCACUUGGUCCUCCUUACUAUUGAAUCAUAGGUUGCGGUGCUAUGUAAAAGAAUGCAUGGCCCUUCCAGUGUGUCCUUUAUUUACCUAAAAAAAAGUACAGUUUGUUUUCUUGAUUUUGAUGUAACAAUUAGACAUGUGCAAUUCGUUUCGAAUGUAUAUUCGGACGAAUUUCGUGCAAUUCGCAAAUUCUGAUGCUUCCGAAUGUCCGACAUACCGAAUUUACAAAGUUACGAAAUGACGAAGUUCAGUACUUCAGAAGUGCCGAACCGAACUGAAUUGCCGAAAUUCCGAAGUGCUUCGGAUUUCUGAAGUGUCAAAACAAGAGAGAGGGAGGAAAAUUACGUGAAUGUUGACAGGAAUCUUGACCAAUAAGCAAAUUCCUGGCACUGGGAGCCCUAUAGAUGUGUAAGUGGUUGUGGUGGCAGUCUGGGCACUGGGAGCCCUGCAGAUGUGUAAGUGGUUAGGGUUAGGGGUUGGAGUUAGGGUUAAGGUUGCCCAGGACUGCCACUACAACCACUUACUAAAUAUGUGCAAUUAGUUUCAUGCAAUUUGGACAUUCGGAUGCUUAUGAAUGCCAGAAUUGCCAAAGUUUCGAAUUGCCGAAGUUCGGUAGUUCGGAGGUGCCGAGCUGAACCAAAUGCCAUUGGUCCGAAUUGCCGAAGCAGACAAAUUUUUUUUCCUCAUGCACAUCCCUAGUAACAAUACGGUAUCUAUGGGCAAUGCCUUAUCUGUAACUGAUGUCCAGAGCUUAUACAAGAGUGGAGGCAGUAUCUCAAUUUCAUACACCAAAGCUAGACUGACAACCAAACUUGGCAGCUUCAUACGAUUCUGGACUCGAUGCACCAGAAUGUGAUAUCAUACCCUGAUGCCCUCUGCCUAUUUUAACAGCUGUUGACUUUUAAUUUAGCUGGAACUUUAUCCUGUGUAUAUACUCACCAUAGAAGUAAAUUAUUCACUUUAGUCAUCAGGAAGAAUUGUGUGCGUAAAAAUUCUAAAGAAGCUGCCAUGAAAUCCAAUGGAUAGAGGGAGGAAAUUAGGCAGAUGUUUGUUCACUUCCAUACGAAUAAAUGUUUUUUUUUUUGUUUGUUUUUUUAAGCCCCCUCCUCUAGAGUAGCUGAAGCUUCCUAUGAGAUUAUAUCAUUGUACACUGCCACUAAUUAAAUGGUAUAUUCAACUGCACUCAGAACCAAGCUACUACAGAUUAGCAGGGUUAUUCACUAAAGAGAACGAGAAAUAAUAACUGUAUCGCUGGUGGAGUGGCAAAUAUCAACCAAUUAGGCUAGGUAUUUCUAAAAAUGACUUUUAAUAUAGCGAUUUAAGAGGUGAAAUAAGUCACCACAACAAAAAGGUAAACAAAAUUCAAACAGAAAUAAUAAUGUACAUAUUUACAAAGCAAUUAUCCUGAGUGUAGUUAUGUCUGUAUAUGAAAAUCUGGUAGUUCUACCCAAAUAUUGGGAUAAUGAAUACAGAGUAAGGUAGUACAGGCUGUAGCUUUGUGAGUUCAGGAUAAUAAAAAAACAUCUGUAGCAGACCAGCCGUAUAAGGAGAAUAGAAAAAAAUCUAAAUCUAAACUCCAAACUAAGGGAUAAGGGGACGUCUCCCUCCCUUUUUGAAAGAAAAAAAGUAGUAUUUCAUAAUGUGCAGUGCUGCAAUAAGAUUGGUAAGAUAUCAGAAAAUGCUUGUAAUACAGGCUUGCUAGAGAUGGGGCAACUAAAAAAGUCCAGCAAUGUAGUAGGAACAAAAAAGUACCAUUGUAUUAGCUAAUAGUCGCUGCCAAGCAAUGUAGCCAACACAUGUCUGUAUCAAUCGGGGUUAUGGAAGGGAGAGGUAAAGUAAAUACUAAUUCUGUGCCUUCGAGGGCACCCCUUAACCCAAAAUGCCUGUUACUCCUAAAUGGAUGUAUAAGAAAUGCCUCCCACCCCUAGAAUCAAUAUAAUGAAAGAAAGCUGGAGAUUGUAAUGAUAGCCGUUUUUUUCCCACCAAUAUAUGGGGACAGGUAUUAGUGAAUUUUCUGUAAACGCCAUUAUAAGCCGAGCAUGAGCUCACUCAUGAUACAGUGGCUAUGAAGUGUGCUUGUCAGAACCCCUGACGCAUGUUUCGCCAAUCUGGCUCAUCAGAGGGGAGUCAAGGUCCUGAUAUGGCCAUACCAGUCCCCUGACUGAUUUGAGACCAUUCCUCUACACCAAAUCUUUCCAGAUCCUACGAAUUUCAAGGUCGAUGCUGGUGAACUUUCCUCUUUAAAUUUGUAGGAUCUGGAAAGAUUUUGUGUAGAGGAAUGGUUUAAAAUCCCUUGCCAUAAUUUCUCCAGCUCCAUCAAGCAUUAUAUGAGAAAACUCAAAGCUGUUAUCUUGGCAAAGACAGAUACCACAAAGUAUGGACUAAAAAGGUAUCAAAAACUGUGCAACUCUUAUAUUUAAUUUUUUUUUUUUGGGUAGACCUGUGUUGUGUUUGCAAUUGUUUGAUAUCCAUGAGAGCAGUGUAUUUUUGUGUAUUUUUUUUGAACAGAAGAUCAAUGGUUAAACAACAGAGACAAACUUUCUUGCAUUCUUUGCUCAUAUUACAAAUAUUAGUUGAGGGCACUGUACUUAACUUUAAAGUGCUAACUUUAUCUAUUAUGAACAGUCACAAUAUUCUUAUUGCCAUGCAAUCAUACUUUCCGCUGAUAUUAUUUCCUAUAACAGGAGCACAUGUAAUUAAAUCAUCUUAUUUUAAAAUUUGUGUUAACUCAGUUAUAUUUUCGUUAGGGAAUGAAAUGCUUGUGUGUUAUUGCACUUCAGUUGGUUUUUGCAACGGGCACUCCGGAAAAAAAUAAAUUGUAAGUGUGACCAAUGAGCAUUCUCCUUGAGGGGAUUAACCAUCCCCUUCCAAUGACCUUACACCAAAGCAUAGUAUUUCAAGGUGGCUGCUGCUCAGUUCGCUGCCAAGUUUUAUAAGUGGGUGCAAACAGCCACAGCCUUUGGAAUAAUCCAGGACAGUUAUCUAAUAUCAUUUCUCUAGGCCCUGAGUCAAACUUGCCUUUUUAUGGUAUUCGCAAAAUCAACUAAUUAUUCACAAUUUUUUAAGUAGGAUAGAAUGCUAGGAGGAUGGUGGUCCUAAUUAAUUAAUGUGGAUAUCCUUGCAUUAAAAAUAUUAUAGUGAAAAUUGAUUUUUAUUUUAAUAAUGCUUAUGUCUUCAGGAAAAGCUAGCAGAACGCAAGAAGAUCCUGCUGAAAGCUGUGCAGUGGUAAGAUUUAUUGUUGCUAUCAGUGUAUGUCGAUCCACUUAUAACCAUGCCGGCUGUUGAACUUUGAAAUGGUUGGGGUGCCAGACUCUUCCCCAAAAAUUUCACUCCUCCCUAUACAUUACAGAGAGCUGAGCAUAAUACAGAGAUGCUCAUACACUAAAACCAGCUGGGCACAACAUAUAUAUCUAUAAAAAUAUAUAGAACUGAAUACAAUACAAAGAUGACCAUACCACAAGCAGACCUUAAAAAAUAGUGAUAUAGUGCACAGAGGCACAGUACAAACAUACCUAUACAAUAUGCAAAGAAAGGUGCAGGGUGGCAGCACCUGUAGUGUUGUUCUCAGAUCCAAGGUAGUAUGUGAAAUAAGCAGAGAGAACGUAAUAUAGUGUAAUAUGUUAUCAAUUAUGGUUAGAUAUGAAAGAAAGAGAUUGCACUUACAAUUUUCUGGAGCUUAUGUUCAGCUCCAGAUUUAUGCGCGUGGAUGGAACAAUCCCCGUCUGUGGAUAUGGCGGUGGGUCCUUAUGCUUGUUAGCAGGUGUUGCUCCCAGUGCUCUUGGUUUUUAUACCGCAGUCUGACAGUAAGAUUUCCUCAGUAUACAGGAGAAGGAAUAAAAACUAAAUAUAGUGCUCUCUGUAUGUAUUAAAUGGGAUAAAAUAAAAUAAAACGAUAUAUACUUACAAACGGAGAGCAAAUAAAGGUAUUGCUCAAUCCCAAUGGGUUUAGGUGGUAUAAUCCCCACCAAGGAUAUCUCUGUGAGAGUCCUCUGGAUAAAAAGCUUCAAAGAUAGGCCUGGAAUCUCCUCCAAGUGGUAUAAAAUAAUCAACCUUAUUUGGCGAUAAAAAAUGUAAAACCAAGUAUAACAUAAAAAGAAUUAUAGAACACUAACGCGUUUCACCUACACCAGGCUUUCUCAAAGUGUUACAGUUUAUGAGACCUAUCUUGUUUAAAUAGCUUUAAAACAGACCCAGAUCUCCAUAUAUUUUUAGCAACUGACAUUAAUUAGAAUGUUUCAGUGGAUACAGUGUAUCAAGACACUAUUUAGAUAAUGUUACUAAGAUCUUUCAGUACGGUUUCACAAGUUAACCCCUAGCAAAUAUUGGCCGGUUUGAAUCAUACAGCGUACAGGUGAAACGUUUGGUAUACUACCUAGUGGUAUUUACACAAAGGGCUCCUUUGCUUUUCAGCCCGGUAACAUAACCAUAUAAGAGGUAACUUCUGUGUACAUAUGUAUAUAAUCUAUCACUAUUUCUAUCCAGCUUUAGCGGCAUGGUUUAUUAAAGGUGUCAACAAUCCAACUAAUAUGUAAAUACCCUACUUUCUACCAUAUUGUAAACCAUUAUUGGAUAUAAUUAUGUGAGGGUGUACUUAUUUAAAUUCCCACAACGUUAGCAUUUAUACUGCUAUUCAUCCAUUUCUGAGUCUCUUCCAACCUCUUUUUGGUUUAUUUCAUAGAGCUCAUAUCUGUUUUUGAGCACUUUUUAAUGAGUGUAUGUUAUAUACUUUUAAGAUAAUUUAAUAAAAUAGAUUUUAACACGUUUAACUAUAUUAUAACUUAGACUACAAGGGACCUUCUCUGUGCCCAUGGAGACUUAGUCCUGUGGACACGCAUAUUCUUUUUCUAUUUGAGAAAAUGCCCUUGCUUAGUCAGACUUCAGGCCGUCACUAGGGCUAAUGGUGUGAAGAAAAAUAUAAUACGAUAAUAAUAAUAAUAAUAAUAAUAAUAAUAAUACACUUACAUUUGGCAAAGGCUGCUAAUAUGCCCUCUCUGUGUUACUUCCAAGAUGGCUUCUUGAAUCUCUCUCUUGUGGGCACUUUAACCCUGUCCCCUGGUUCUAUCAACCAAUGAUGGCCCUGAAUAGAGAGGCCAAUAGCAUGCCUCCACCCAUGACGCAACAGGCUCUACUGCCUGAAUGGCACUUCAAUGGAGAUUCAUGAAAUUCCUUCUUUGAGGAGUCUAGCCAUGUGCAAAACCUUUUGAAACUGGGCAGAUGUCAAACCAGCCCCUAGUUUUGAUAUGACUAGAUACUCUCAAGUAAGCUUCUUCAAACAGCUACCAAUGAGGUGAGAGGGGCCCUGCGGAACUGAAACCUAUUACAGAAUUUAAGAGACACUAUUUGUUCCGCAUAUUUUUUGGCUUAUCACAUUUCCCUUCAGAGAAAGAAUCUUACUGUUUCUAAACUGUGGCAAAUAUUUUUUUUUAUGCACAUAAAAAGUGGUGGGGCGCUAAUAAGUACCCCUAUAGACAAGCCUUCACUGUUGAUAACACUUUUUUUAGGUCACUGACCUGUUAUAGCAUGUCUAGAAAAUGUGCCUGAUUUGUUCUAAGAAAAAAAAAAUGGAGUGCAAGGAUCAAUGAUUAAAGUAGGCCUUCCAUCUAAACUUAAUUUUCUAUUAACCAACAAACUAAAAAUAUUUUUCAAAUAAUUCCUAGUUAACACACUCUCGAUAUGGGUGUUUUUUAAAUUACAUUAUAUUUAUGUUAUCAUUUUGUCUGUUUUAGUCAACAUGAAGAGAAAGAGAUGGCCUUCAAGGAGCAACUUUCUCAUUUGGCAUCACUUUUACCCACUUUGCAGGCAAGGAACUAACAAUAUCAUAUGAUUUCUUAAAUGUUAUAAUUGUGCAUACAAUUGCUAUUCAGCCUGUAUGUGUUCUUUCUUUUUUUUUUCAGGUUCACCUUGUUACUUGCUCAGCAUUUUUGAGCUCUGCUAACAAAGCGGAGUUCCUCGACUUAGGAUAUGUAAGUAAAUGAUCUUUCAUGGAAGUGCUUUAUACUUGGAAGCGUAAUAGAUUAAAUACAUUUUUAAACCACUGCCUGAAUCGUUAAAUAUCCAGUGUAAAGAUAAGUAUUUGCAGCUCAUUGCAUCCCAUUGGUAAUAUUCUUAUAGCUUUUGCAGAGAUUCUUUUACAGUAAUUGAAGCUGCACUGUCACUUGUGGAAUCUUUGCAUCUUUUUCAAAGACUCCCAAAGGUGACAUGACUACUUCCAUGACGGUACCCAGAGGAAGAGAGAUAUAAUUACCUACAGCUUUCCCUCCUCUACUGUUUCAGUUCUCAGCUUAAUCUGCACAAAAAUACAAAACUGGGGGUUUUUGGAAGAUCAUCAAGUGAAAAUGUACCUGCUUCCAUCGGCUGUUGUGAGUGACAACUGCUGGCAAAUGAAAAGAUGUGGCAGAUAGAAGUUCUGUCUUUCCCCACUUUUCCCCUCCAAAAUCAAUAAGUUCGUAAGACAAAUUAGUAACUACUUUUAUCUUCUAUCUUUUGAUUUAAAAUAAAAUUACUUUGCAGUCUAUGUGAGUUUGUUCCUAGAGAUUGUAUCUUUACAAAUAACUCAGAAUUGACAGGGCUGCUUUAAGACAAAUUCAUUUCUCACCUCUAGUGCCACAUUAUCAAAACUCUGCUUUUAGAUCUAAAAAAAGGAACAUUUAUGUUAAUGGUAUUAUUUCAUUAAUUGGAUAAAAAUAACAAACACAAUCAAUUGCUGGAAAAUAUCUAAAUCUGAAUGAUAGACACUCUGAUAGUUUUUAAAGUAGAUCUGUUUUCCGAUACUUAAACUGUAACUGUCCCUUCUACCUUACUCAAAAAUGUAAUGAAUGAUUGUGACAACUCAGAGUUUACCUUUUGUUAUGGUUGUAUUGUUAUAUUGAACCCUUACUGUUAUUAUUUCAAUAUUAUGUUAAGCAUAGUUACAGAGAAAGAGAGGGACUUGUUCUUUAGCAGGUGUGCUGGGUGAGACGGACAUGAGCAUGUGCCAGGGCUCUAACUGUCCUAACUGUCGCUGUCUCUUUUUUUUCUGCUUUUAACUGUUUGAUUUUUCUGGUGUGUUGUUCAGUUUUGUCACUGAAGUUGCUGUGCUGUGUCUCUCUGGUUGUCAACUAAUAAUAUCAAAAUAAAUCGGAAAGUUUGUAGUACAAAAACAGUGGUUUCGGCUCUGUUUUUGGGAAGAUGCCAUCUAAUAUCCAGUAGCCGUGACAAUGAGCAUUAUAAAACAAUAAAGGUUUAACUACAUAAAAACUAAAUACAUUCUAACAUACCAUAUAAUAUAACAUGCUCUGUUACGCAGCAUUAAAAAAAAAAAAGGAAUUACAGAGAUAUUAUACCCUAAGGGUAACUCUAGAGUUAGUUGUGGCAAACUGAAAACCAAGUUGCAAAAUUUAAAGGGACACAAGCACCAAAACAACUAGUACUUGAUGAAAUAGUUAUAGUCUGAAGAUCAGUUCUUUCUAUUUAGGAUUUAAAUAAUUUUGUUCCCCUGGACUCACACAACCUCCCUACACACUUCCUGACAAAGAGUUAAAAUUUUUUCCCCUUGUUCACACUGUGUUUUAAUUGAAACUUUUAAUCCAUGGAGGAUGUGAGUCACAGCCAGGAAAGAUAUGGCUAAGGCUGCAAAAAACGUUUACCAAAAUGGCAGAGAAUUUAGUGGUUAGACCGCAGCAACGUGAUCUGUACAACUAAACUGCUACAUUAAGCUAAUGCUGUUUUGGUGCUUAGAGUAACCCUCUUAGACCAAAUAGCCAAGACUGUCAAUAUAUUGUUAUAUUGAAUACUACAAUAUGUUUUAUUUGACUUUCACAGAGAAUCAGAAUACCUGUUUGCUAGCUUUGUUCUGAGAAAAUAUUUUUCUUUUUUUUUUUCUGUUAGCAACUGAUGGAACGUCUCCAACAAAUUGUCAAACUUCCUCACCGUUUGAGACCAUCCCAGAGCAGCAAAGUACGAUUCCACUUAAAUUACCCAUGAAAAUGUGCACAUGUGUUGUAAUGGAAAGUCCAUGUGGUUAAAGUGACAGUGACCAAUAAUGUCUAUAUUUCACUUUGUAGAACUAUAGUAAUAUCCUGUAACUAGGAAGGAUGAUGGAGGCUAUUGGCUGAACUAACAAAGAGAGGUUUUUGGGCUCCUUUAUAGAGCUUUGUUGACUAAAAGGUAGAUUCUCAACUGUUGUAAAACUCCCAUGACGCUUUGCCUGCCAGGUACUGACCAUUUGCUCAUCAUUGCAUGGUUGUAUUUGUGAGCAGUGUCAGUGUGCUUGAAUUUAGGCAUGAUUUUGAAUGGAGUAUGUGUUUGAAUGCAAGUGUGUGUGUAUAUGUAUGCAGUGUUGAUGUUUGAAUGCUGCAGUGUAUUCACAUAUACAAAUACAGUGACACACAGACAGUCACACACACACACACACAAUUACACAGAUAUAGAUAGAUUAUACACAAAUAAGACACAACAUGCAUAUAUUAUGCUGCUACAUUUGCAUUCGGAGGUGACUGGGAUUGAUGGGAGUGGGCUUACGCUGAUUCCUCUCUGUGCUACUUCUCUUCUGCACUGUACUCUAUACUGGGAGAAAGUGAAGGAAGCACGGCCUUGCAGGGGAAACUGACAAACUGACAGGUGCCUGGUCCAGGGACGUGAUAAUGGGGCAUGUGCCAAUGGGGCACGAGGCUUCUCAUUAGAUAGGCCCAUUGGAUGGCCAUUAGUGUUAGGGCUCUUCAAUGGGCACCUCAAGCUUGCAGGCUCUGGUGCAGUUGCUGUUACUUCACCACCAUUAGUUCUGCCCCAUAUGGUGCACAGAAUGCUUCUAUCCAUGAAUAUUGAUGUAUUAUUCAAAGAACUGCUUUAUGCUUGUUUGCAAAUAGUAAAACAUGUUCACUGACCUAUAUGUAAUAUAUAAGAUAACUAAAUAAAUAAUAAGCACAGUUAAACUGAUGUGCUUAUUUUAUAGACAGCAUAAACACAGUGCAGACUCCUGCAAAUUGCAGAGCACUAAAUUUGCCAGACAUUUACAUUUGAGUCUAACCCUGGUGUACCGAUGCCUUCCUGAAUAUGAACUAUGCUACAGUUACUGUGUAAGAAAGUUAACUGUAAAGUUAAUGCAUGUAAUUAUUAUUGCUUCUUAAACAGCAUUAAAUAGUUUAUAUCAGGAUAAAUGUGAAAAUGGCAGCGUUGCACUUCACAUGUCUGUUUUAUCGUUUAGAUUACUACAGACUAUGGAUCGGAAUUUGCUCGCUGUCUGGAACCACUACUGCUGCUAAACUUGCGCCGAGCUGGCAGUGUGAGCGGAGGCUGUGUGGGUGCAGGGCACAGCAAUGUAAGCAUGUAAGUAUACUAUAACUAAUAUGUUUGUUUUUUAUUAAAGAAAAAAAUCACUAAUAUGCAAUGUGUUUUAAGCAUGUAUGUAUACAUUGCCUUUUGUUUUCUAUUGUGACCUUAAUCUGUUCCCUCUAUGAGUGCUGCUAUUUUAAGUGAUCAGUUGUCAGAAGAAAUGCUCACUGAAGAGCACACUGUUUUUCCCAACUUUUAAUGUUCGGGAAAAACUAUAGAAAAGGUCUGGUAAAACAGCAUGAAGGUAAAUGUAGCUUUUAGAACAUCCAAAUGCAUAUUUUUGCAUUCACAGGGUGUACAUACCAGAGAGAACAUGGGUUUAAUUGACUGUGAAAUUUAUCAUUUUGGGCCAAAAUAGUUAUAUUGGAAAAAUGUUCUCAACUUGUUAGUUUUUACUUUGUCUAUUUGGACAUAUAGUAAACAUUCCUGUAUCACUGCCCUAAAAUUCCAUGUUUGCUGAAUGCUUAACAGUUUAGACCAGUCUUCCCCAAACUCAGGCCCUCCAGAUGUUGUUGAACUACAACUCCCAUGAUUCUCAGCCUAUCUAUUUCAUUCAUGGAAUCAUGGGAGUUGUAGUUCAGCAACAUCUGGAGGGCCAGAGUUUGAGAGGAAGCCUGGUUUAGACCUCAAUCACUCUGAAUUCUGCAUGUAUGUGUUUUUGCACUGUAAAUGUUUAAGGGACACUAUAGUCACCAGGACAACUGACUGCAGUCCCUAUGAAGUUCAGUGCCUCCAUGUUCUGCAGGAAGGCAAUGAACUUUCCCCAUAGAAAUGUUUUGGGUCAAUACAUCUCUAUGAGGGGAUGCUGAUUGACGCAGAGCUGCAUUUUGCAGAGCAUGCAAGAUAGCCUUCCAAUGCUUUCCUAUGGGAAACUACUAGGUUGGCUGACAUCAUUAAGUUUGAUGAUCUUAGCCAAAGAGUUGAAGCAUUGACGGGGCCAGACGCGACUGGACUAAGCAGCGCUGGAAACAGGAGAUUAAAUCACUCUUUAUUGUAUGGACAGGCUAAAACCUGAGCUGUGCUGGGUAUUUAUAGGCUUGGUCAAUGACAUCAUAAGAACAGUGUGACAUUACUGAACAUAUGGGUGGCUAAUGGAGCACCACUGAUGUUAUCCAGGCACAUACAGUCAGAGGGUUACUAACCUGGUGUAUUGAAAUAUAUAAUGUGUUUUAGGUAUUAUCGUUAAGAGAUACUUUAUAGAGAAUAAUUUCUUACAUUUUAAGCAAAUGUAUCUUUGAAAAGGGAUUGCACUUUAUAUUCAUGGGUUUAUUCACAAAAAAGCUCAUAGUAGUCUUCUGAAAUCCAAAAAACAGCAUUUAGUCUAAAACACCCAAGCUUUGACUGAAGAUAUGUGUGCUUAGCACAACCAGUUAAUAUAUAAGUUGUUGUAAUAAAGAUGUUAAGGGUGAUUUAAAUAAGUCUCUUUUUUAUGUAUAUAUCUUCUUGGGUUCAUGGCUCGCCAUAAUAUACUUGUAUAUCACCUAAAAUUAUGAAUAUGCAAUCGGACGUUCUUUAUUAUAAAAUAUACAUUUAUUCUACUCACAAAGCAAACUGCAAUACAUACGUAAAAACUUAACAUGUAGUACAGCUUAUCUGAUGUUACAGAACUCGAUCUCGAUUUGUCUAGAAAGUCAGGGGAACAACCAAAGAGUAGAGCAUGGUCCUUGGUCUACUGUUCUUUUAUAGACAUGACGAUAAUGACAUCAGAACUUUUUUUUUUUAUUUGACAAUUUUUAUUGAUACACAGGUUAAAACAGCUUUUGGUGUCAAUAGGGCAUGAAUAUAAGAACACAUACUCUUCAACACUUCCUUUCAAGAGAUACUAACAACAUGGCAGUAACACAUGCAACUUUUCAAUUCGGACAUGUUUACACAUGCAUGUACAUUGGAGAGGUCUUUUCCCAUCUUUUCUUUUCUUUCUUUUCUUGGAAUCUCAUUCCUCCACCCCUCUUACACUUUAUAACUCCAAUAUAGCCUAUGUAGUAGGUAGAGUAUUGUAACGGAUUACCUGGCACCCAGACUGGGUACCUCCGUUGAUGGAUGCUCCUAGCGCUUCCUGAGGGCUCCAAGCACUCCAGCCGACACCAUAACCACCAUAGACUCCUCCAGGGAGCAAGGCAGGAACAAGCUCUUACAAGAGCUUAGUAGUAAUUUAGCAAGGGAGUAUGACAAGCAUAGCAAUCCCUUGGAGCAGAUUCCCCCAAUAAGAGACAGCACUCCAAAUUGAGGGUGAAGUAGAACUGAAGCUUUUAAUCAAACACUCUGCUUUUAUGCCCAUUUUACAAACAUAGUACCACCCACAGAGUUUUGAAGAACAAACCAAUCAAUACAUUAAAACACAGCUAAACACUCCCAUUCAUACCAGCAGAAAUCCUCCCCUCUGCCUGUGAUACAAUUACUGAACACAAUGGGCUAACGUAAUUAUCACAGGCAGGAAAAUACAGUUUUACACAAUAUUCAUAACUUUAAAAGUAUACAUCACAUUCACUUACAUUUCCAGAAUCAGCAUACUCCAAAUACAAACAUAUGUCAAAAUCAUACAAAUUGGUCCAGUGGGUCAAAAAUUAUUUAGAAGUCCCUUUUUGACCAACUGCAAGCAUGGCUUGGGUGUGGUAAGCCAAUUAUCUCCAGCAUACAGAAAAUAUCUCCAUUUACAACAACAGUAAAAACACAUAAAAAUACAUAAUUCCCAUCACACUGAACAGAACCCCCACAUUCAACCUAUCCCCAGAUAGCUUGGAUCUGAGCGCUCACUAUAUGCGAGCAGCGCUCAGAUACCACGAACACCGUCAAAUUGCCAUGGGGUUAAACCAUAGCAAGGGCUAAUGAGAGACAGAGGAGGGGCAAAACAGCAAGUUCCAACUGGUCUGGCAGUGUCCCUGGGACAACGCCCUGCUGGAGAACAAUAGACAGGAAACGGGGGAGGGGCACACCUUCCCAUGUAUUCAAAGGGACAGAAAGUGUUUCAAAAUCCAAUAAGCCCAAAUAAGUUUCUUAAAGGGCAAUACAUUUCAGGGGCCAUAGUCACAGGGUAGGAGGCUGGUAAUCAGUCUUCUCCAAUGCCCAGUGGCGAGGCUGGUUUCGCCAUUGUGCUGAGAGUCUUUAGGGUUGUGCAUGGUAGAUGUGGUGAUUGACUGUGUCUAUAUGAUGAAGGCUGGCGUCCCUUCUGUAAGUGUCUCCUGCUGGAUAGCUACGGGUGGAAGGGUGUUUACUGAAUAUACCCAUGGGUCUGUCCUCUGCUCCUGCCUGUCUUGUUGUGUGAUUACGGUUACUGUGCCUUAUUGUAGGUUGUUUUCUUUGUGAGACCUGCGUAUUCAGUUUUCGAGUAGGCAGGCUAAUUAUCAUCUGCCUACUGUUUUUAAAACGCAUAACAAAAGAUAUUGAGUAAAGAACUAUAUACAAAGUAGGUAGGUCUCAUUCUGACUCCGGUGCCCAUCAUGGAAUGUCAGGUUUACAGGUCUGUUAUAGAACCAUACAAGCCAUUUACCAAAUCCGUGUAUAGUGCAAGGGGGACCUCAAGUGUAACCACACAGCCUUUGCUGGUCAGUGAAUAAUGUUGCUCUAAUGGAUAAUUCAAAGGGAUUCUAUAGUACCAGGAAAACAAAGCCAUUUUCCUGGCACUAUAGAUUCAUACAGUGCUCCCCUCCCUCGUGCCCCCCUCCUGCAGCGCUGAAGGAGUUAAAACCCCUUCCGUCACUUGCCUGAAUCCAGCGCUGAUGUCCCUCUGGGCUGGGUCUGGCUCCGCCCACGCUCCUUCCUGGCGUCAGCCGGCGGGGGAGACCUAAUGUGCAUGUGCAGCAACUGGCUGUGCUCGCAUUAGAAUUGGGAAUUCCGCUGAAGUCCUCAUGCAUAGCGUCAGGAUGCCUAGUGUCAUUUAGACUACUAAGUCUUCUAAGCAUCUGGAAGUCCCUCUAGUGGCUGUCUGGUCGACAGGAGUUAACCUUAGCAGGUAAUUAUUGCAGUUUCUCAGAAACUGCAAUAAUUAUUACAGUAGGGUUAAGGGACAUGGGACAUUGCACCCAGACCACUUCAAUGAGCUGAUGUGGUCUUGGUGCCUUCAGUGUCCCUUUAAUUCAGCCAGUAGGUAAGAAACCAUUUUGGGCGUGCAAGCAUGCAUUCAUGUAGGUGGCAGUGUUGUCGUGGAUUUUGCCGUUUCCUUUUUCCUAUGUUCCUCUUCACUCCACCACUUUCUAAGCAUCUGUGUCUCCGUCUCUGUCCACCUCUCUUGUCCAGAGGUAUUCCUCCCACUUGGGCAAAAAUGUUUAUUGAUCCUCAUUUUGUAAUCUCUCUUCAAGGAAGCUUGGUGAGUUAAGUGGUCUCGGCUCAGUGGACAUAUUUGUUUCCAGGCUCCAGCCAUUCUGGCACCAUGUACCACCUAUUCUGAAUCUUGCACAUAAGCUCUGAGACGUGCACCUGGAUCUUCCUUUAUGUGCUAAGAUGUUCUUCCAUUGCUCCUCGGUGAAGUUUUUACCUUUUGUCUGUCUGAUAUAUCAGUGCGAAUUUGUUUAGCGUUUUUUGCUAAGAGAGUUGUUUUUGGCGUAUGACUGAGGACACGCAUAUAUUUUCAAGGUGCAAUGUCGACGGUGGAAGAGUAUGUUCGGUCGAGUGCAAUUAUAGGGAUUUCAGUUGGAUAUAGCAGAAAAUUGCACUAGGGGACAAGUUAUAUUUAAGUUGCAGAUCUGGGAAUUGCAGCAGAGUUCCUUGAUAGAAGUUGCGAACAUGUAUGCACCCUCCCCUCAGGUACGGACAGUGAUCCGUGGGGUUAGUCACAUGUAGGCUGUAGAUUGGAGUAGCCAUAGCCCAGGCUUGUGUGUAACCCAAAGAAAGGCUUUAAUAUAUCCAGAAUAGAAGAGGGGAAGAGUCUGCGCUAACUCAAAAGAGUAGCAACCCUAAAAGGGAAUCCCUCACGAAACCCUUUGGAAACAAGAAGGUACAAAAAAAAGAGGAGUUAAGGGCUGCGCUUUGACUAAAAUAAAUAAAAGGGAUAAAAACACUAAAGUUUAUCCGAAUAAAAAAUAUAAAUUAAAACAGUCUCACUGGUGUGUAGUAAUAUAAUAUAAGUCCUCAAGUGUCGCUCCGUCCUUAUGGUAGGUAGUCCCUAAAGGUGAACCCUAAAAGAGUCUUUUACCAUUUUGAGAAAACCUUAAAGGUGAAACGCGUAAAUGGUUGUAAUAAGUGUAUUUUAGUCAAUAAAAGUUAUUUUUGGUUACCCUUCAUUAUAGGACCAACUUUAUACUUAUUUUUAUUGUACUAUAUACUCUUUUUAUUUAUUUUUUUAACCCCUGGCAUUUUUACAUAAUUUUUUAAAAUACUUAAUUAUUUUUAUUCUUUUUUAUAUUAUACUUUUAAUAUUACAUUUUUUACUACUGAAGUGUAUCCCGUCCAAAGAAAUCCUGAGGUGGGGAUAAUUCCACCAGUGCUGUGGCAAUAGAGCAGUACCUGUCUGCUCUAUUUUUGUAAGUAUAACUUAUUUUAACUUAUUACUGUGUUGUUCAUACUGAGAGCACUAACUGCUGUUUUAUAUAUCUUGUGGACAUCCACUAUCCAAUAUCGGAGAGGCGGACCUAUCUCCCCAGCAUAACGAAUACGCACAUCCGAGUAAAUCCUAACCUACAUCAAAGAAAUCUCAAGCCGGACGGACGGACCAACCGUUUAAGUAUAUCCGAUAGUGGGGAUUAAACCACUAAGUGCCUCUUCUCCUAGAGCUGGUUAAAAGCUCCAACAAAUGUGAGUGAAAUACCUUUCCUUUGAAUAUAUACCAUAUUUUGGACAUACAAUAUUUCACCAUUGGAAGCUUUUUUUCUCUUAUUUUUGUCUUCACAUAUAUGGACUACCUACCAUAAGGACGGAGCGACACUUGAGGAGUUAUAUUAUAUUACUACACACCAGUGAGACUGUGUUUUAAUUUAUAUUUUUUUAUUCGGAUAAACUUUAAUUGUUUUUAUCCCUUUUAUUUAUUUUAGUCAAAGCGCAGCCCUUAACUCCUCUUUUUUUUAAUAUAUCCAACAUAGUGUGUGGUAUAUCGGUUAGCUGAGAUGACAUCAGAACUUUUAAAUAAAACUCUGGCCAUAUAAGGACUCGUAUAAGGACUCGUGAAGACCCUCGACCCCCAAUCCUCUCAUUGUGCACCAACAUUCUAGAACUCAUGGACAGUGUGAUGGUAGUUACAGACACUAUGUGUGGGUUCCCAGAUUCCUCUUGUGUUUUGGUCACCCUGUGCCCAUUAUUGGUGCAGGGUAUGUUGAAUGUAUUGAUUGUAUGUGCCUUUCCUGCUCCCUCUUUUUCCUGUCCUAUUGUUUCUGCAGCAGGGUAUUGUCCAGGGACACUGCCAGACCAGUUUAAACUAGCUGCACUGUUCCCUCCUCAAUCUCCCAUCAGCCCUUGCUAUUGUCUGGCCCCACCCUUCCAUGUACUAUAGUGUUCUAUGCACCCGAUUGUAUGUUAAUGAGGCUGUUGUGGGCAUAAAUGUGUUAUGUGUAUUAAAGUUAGUUGCUGUUUUAACCUUAACAAGUGUCCUCUGGUGUUUGGGGAAAGGGAUAUAAUCUUCUGAUGGAAAAUGUGUCCUGGGCUAUUAUCACAGUAGCCUUGUCCAGGGUGGAAAAGCCCAUCAGUGAUCACAGUCAAGCCUUGGGGACUGGGUCUGAAGUGUUCCAGGGCCCUUGAUAGCUACAAGGAAGCAGGCUUUGCAGAGAUACUUGGUCAGAGUACUGGAGCUCAGUCAUAGACAGCAUAGCAAAUGACCAUCUGCUCCUUUUAACCCAUUUAUAUGAAUAGAAAUAGGAACAUAGAAUAUGUAAUAUUUUACAGCAGUUAAGGUUCAGUUUAGUUGUAAAAAAACCAAAGGAACAGACUUGGAAAAAGACUUUGAGAGUCUAGCAGAUGUAUAACCUGAAACAGUGGCGUACACACAAACCAUGGGGCCCUGGUGCCAAAAUGAUCCGUGGCCCCCCCCUCCCUAUUCCCCCCCGAUAGACAUACAUAGAGACAGACACAUACAUACAAACAGACAGGCACACAUAAAUACAUACAGACAGACACACACAGACACUUACAUACAGACCGACACACAGACAGGCACACAUACAGACAGACAGGUACACAUACAACUAACACAAACACAAGACAUACAAAGACACAUACAUAAAAAACAGACAGGCACACAGGCAGACACAUACUGACAGACACACACAAGACGCACAUACAUACAAACAGACAAGCGCACACACAUACAGGCAGACAGACACACACACACAUACAUACACAGACAGGCACACACAGACAUACAAACAGGCAGACACACAGACAGACACACAUAAAUACAGACACACACACACAAAAUGUUUGUCACCCUCCUGUUUCCUACGUUUUAGGUGCAGGAGGGUGACUUUCCCUCGGGUCCAGUGGUGGCUCAGGUGGAUGGGAGUCAGAGUUCCCACUCUGACUCCCUCUGCGUCCUCUUGCACGGCUCUCAGUGUUAGCUGGGAGGAGUGACGUGCGGUCACUUCCUCCCAGCUUGUGAUGUCAUCACAGGGGGCCCGGUCGCUCUGUUAAAGCUGACCAGGCCCCCUGACAAUCCACAUCCAUCGGGUGGCCCUGACAGCAUGGGCCACCCGAUGGACCCCUUGGACGGCGGCCCCGGUGGUUUGCCGCGUGGGCCGGGGCAGCAGAAGAUGAUGGCGACGGAUACCCGGUCACAGGGGUCCACAGGGCGGCCGCGCCGCUGUAUGUACGUCGCUGACCUGAAAAAGUGAGGCAGGUAGACACAAAGCAUUAUUACCAAUUGCCCGAAUUAGCUGGGACAAUCCCAUGUUUUUGGCUUGUUUACCAGCAAAAACUUUCACAAGGAUUGUGGUGCAGCCAGUGUAGCUGCCUCUGGGUUGCACAGGUAGGUAACUGGAACCAUGUAAUUUCUUUGACCUGUCCCACAUUCCAUAGGUGGUACUACUGCUAUCAGGGGAUAGUGGGGUUUCCAUGAGUUUUGGGGGUACUUUCAGGAUACUGUGUAAAAGUAUAUUUUUCCUGUGCUUGGAGAUAAUUGGGUUAUGUGAGUACAAUGCCUUAUUUAAUUAUCUCCGAAGCACAGAGGAGGGAUUACAUUGUUUGUGUAUGGGAGUGUCCUGGAUCUGAGAGCCAAUGCUCUGUAUUGUCUGUACUGUAGUCUACUUUCAGGUCCAGAGGGGAGUGCCCCUUGCAUGGGGAUUGCCAUAAAAGGCCUUAUGUGGCUCCAUAAAACUCUGUCAUCUCACAGCAUAGUCUCAUGUUUGUGGGAGAAAGCUAUACCAGUUCUCUCUCUCUCUCUUCUGCUCGGAGUGCUUAAUUACUAGCUCUUUUUAAGAGCUGUUCCUGCUGUGCUCUACAGCAUCCCUCCCACUAGGGGGAAAAGAACAUCUGUGGAGGCAAAACCCUUCUCGUCAAGGAGGCCGCCACAAUAUGUAUAUAUUUUACAUUUUAGUAAAACUAUCCGACAGAGUACUUGCCUAUAACUCCAUUAUGGUUUUGAAGGUAAUUCUGGUUACUUUUUAAAUUGUAAUAUGAGUGACAUUGUGUCUAGAACAAUAGGAAGCUUGAUUGGCAAGUUUUUAAUCAAUGCAUUGUAUGAUGAUACCAAACAUUCCCUGCUGUCUUCAUGCUGUGCUUUUAAGAUUUCUUUCUAAUUGCCCUUGACUCUGGGGCUUCUGACGCUUGUUCAUAUCACAAGAGAUGAAAACAGCUGCACUGAUUAAUUGCAAACAGGAGACCUGGUUAUGACAAGGUUGAGCGCUGUUUGAUCUAACAGUUCGCAGAAAGCUUGGUUUACUGUACAACGCCAGAUUAACUGAGGGAGCUUUGCGGCAAAACAACCACACAGGCACUAAAAUUAUAUGUCUAUUCUCUCAUACAGACAGACAGACAGACACACAUACAUACAGACACACACACACAAAAUGUUUAAGUCACUCCCUCUGUGUCCACUCGCGUGGCUCUCAAUGUUAGCUGGAAGGAGUGACGUGUGGUCACUUCCUCCCAGCUUGUGAUGUGAUCACAGGGGGCCCGGUUGCUCUGUUAAAGCGCCCAGCGCUGACCGGGCCCCCUGACAAUCCACAUCCAUUUGGUGGCCCUGACAGCAUGGGCCACCCGAUGGACCCCUUGGACGGCGGCCCUGGCGGUUAGCCGCGUGGGCAGGGGCAGCAGAAGAUGAUGGCAACGGAUAUCUGGUCACAGGGGUCCACAGGGCGGCUGGGCCCCCUGGAGUGGGGGGCCCAGUCGCAGCUUCGACCCCUGCGACCGCGGUAUGUACGUCGCUGACCUGAAAGAGUGAGGCAGGUAGAUACAAAGCAUAAUUACCAAUUGCCCGAAGUAGCUGGGACAAUCCCAUGUUUUUGGCUUGUUUACCAGCAAAAACUUUUACAAGGAUUGUGGUGCAGCCAGUGUAGCUGCCUCUGGAUUGCACAGGUAGGUAACUGGAACCAUGUAAUUUCUUUGACCUGUCCCACAUUCCGUAGCCAGUGUAGACCUUCCAGGGACCACAGGAAGGUGGCUAGAAACACGCUUUCCUUGUUUAUUUCUGUUACCGUACUAAAUCACCACGGUCUAAGCAAGACGACGGCACUUCUCUACCUCUCCAACACACCAUGGAAACAGUCUGUAGAUGAUGUGUGAUGGAUCACCCUGUCCCUGGACUGAAAACCCCUUUAUUUCAUUCCCCUAUGAGUUCGGGACACUGCCUUCUCUUUCGUUUAUUCUGUAUUUUUAUUCCCUACCAAACAAACUACUGAACGACCAGACCACCCGUGUGUAGAGUGUGCCCCUCAUUAGCUUAUAUCACCUCUGUAACAUCUCGAAAACCACAGGCAUUCUAAGCAGUCUGCUGGGUGGUCGGCGUUCACUAUACGAACAUGUGGCGGCGGCCAUCUUUAGCUGCGAAUACAUACAGCAGUGUUUGGUCGUCGAGUGCAUGAAACUAUAACAGCGCUGGGACUUCCAUACGUUUGUCUAGAGUCGUAUAAAAAGACCGGCGUUCGCUAGGAAUAAGCUCCCGAACCAGAUACAUCAACCAAGUAUCCAUACGAGUGAUUACGUUCGGUAUUUUGACUAUUUCAUGUAUUCCCGAACUAGAUCGACCGCACAGCCUGAUUUCAUGGAACUCUUUUGGGCAGGAGCCUCGUGUGUGGUUGGUCAAAAUGUGACUUCCAUGGAAAUCCCAAACCCCUCAACCAAUCUGGGUGAUCUUUGGAUAUGUUGAUCCCCCAGAUCUGGGCUAUCAGGGGAUAGUGGGGUUUCCAUGAGUUUUGGGGGUACUUUCAGGAUACUGUGUAAAAGUAUAUUUUUCCUGUGCUUGGAGAUAAUUGGGUUAUGUGAGUACAAUGCCUUAUUCAAUUAUCUCCCAAGCACAGAGGAGGGAUUACAUUGUUCGUGUAUGGGAGUGUCCUGGACCUGAGAGCCAAUGCAAUUAUAUAAUUGUCUGUACUGUAGUCUACUUUCAGGUCCAGAGGGGAGUGCCCCUUGCAUGGGGAUUGCCAUAAAAGGCCGUAUGUGGCUCCAUAAAACUGUCAUCUCACAGCAUAGUCUCAUGUUUGUGGGAGAAAGCUAUACCAGUUCUCUCUCUCUCUCUUCUGCUUGGAGUGCUUAAUCACUAGCUCUUUUAAGAGCUGUUCCUGCUCUGCUCUACAGCAUCCCUCCCACUAGGGGGAAAAGAACACCUGUGGAGGCAAAACCUUUCUUCUCAUCAGGGAGGCCGCCACAAUAAUGUAUAUAUUUUACAUUUUAGUAAAACUAUCCGACAGAGUACUUGCCUAUAACUCCCUUAUGGUUUGAAGGUAAUUCUGGUUACUUUUUACAUUGUAAUAUGAGUGACAUUGUGUCUAGAACAAUAGGAAGCUUGAUUGGCAAGUUAUUAAUCCAUGCAUUGUAUGAUCAUACCAAACAUUCCCUGCUGUCUUCAUGCUGUGCUUUUAAGAUUUCUUUCUAAUUGCCCUUGACUCUGGGGCUUCUGACGCUUGUUCAUAUCACAAGGAAUGAAAACCGCUGCACUGAUUAAUUGCAAACAGGAGACCUGGUUAUGACAAGGUUGAGCGCCGUUUGAUCUGACAGUUCGCAGAAAGCUUGGUUUACUGUACAACGCCAGAUUAACUGAGGGAGCUUUGCGUCAAAACAACCACACAGGCACUAAAAUUAUAUGUCUAUUCUCUCUUGGAAGGCAACUAUAAAAUACAAUAUUAAAAUGUCCUUGCAUACACAACUCUUGUCUGAAAGGAUCUUGCUGUUGUGUAAACCAGUUGCAUAAAAAUAUCCUGGAUAAAGGGGAAUUAUCACUUCCAAUGAAUAUUUUUUUUUUUUUUUUUUAAAGAAAGCCUGAUAUAAAAGUAAAAAUACAAAUAUACAUUACAUGCACAUCAUUUAUUUGCACAUAAUAUUGAAUAACAAUAAUCCAUCUCACAUUAAAGACUUAAACUAAAUAGUAUGAAACCCAAACAGCUGCAAGAGUAAAAUAUUAUGUUCACUUAUCCUCUCUAUAUAACAAAUAUGUGUUUCUGAGGCCUGAAAAAUAAAAUGAAAUGUAGAAAUCCACAUUACUAUAUUUGCAGGGCAUUCAGAAAGUAUUCGGAACCUUUUUUUUUUUUUAUGUUGUAGCCGUAUGAUACAAUUCUUUCAUUUCUUUUUUACGUGUGACGUGGGGGCAGUUGUAGAAAGCAAAACACCGACAGGAACGAUUUUAAAUGUAUAAAGGGGGAUUUAAAUAGAGGAACAGAGCUUUUUAUAAUUGAUUUUUUGUUAAUUGUUUGUUGAGCUGUAGGAUGAAAUGCCAAAGAAGAGUGGUGGACAUUUCUGGCUGACUUUUAACUCUUUGAAUGCACUAUUGUGUUUAUGGUAAUGUAAGUUAGCAAAUCUUUGUCAAAAUUCUCUGAACUACAAAGUAAAUAUUGCCUCCUCUUUUAUUGGUCUGGUUACUGACUUACUGGUCACUGGAGGGUCAGAGUCUAUCCAUCCCUGCAAAGUACUUGGCAUUUCAUUGAGCGCUCUUUUUACUGCUUCAUUGUGAGUGGCCAAUUAUCAUUUACAUUCAUCGUGUCGCACAGUUUUACACUAUGUUUGUAUUUCUUGCUUUUUAUUUUUGUUCCCCCUCCCUUUCCCUUUCUCCCCCCAUAUGAGAUAUAUAUUGUGCUGCAGUUAAAAAUUGGGUAUAGAGAGUUGAACAGUGUUUUGUGAAGCAUUUUGUUUUCCCUUGCCCUUUAUUUUCUAUUUUUGAUGUGGUGCUAAAUUUCUAGAUUAGGAACAUGUUCUGCAGUGCUUUACAAUGUAAACCAAACAUACAAGUAACUGCAACAUGACCAGUUUAACAUGGAGGAUUAAGAAAUUAUAGGGAACCAACAUAGUUUGAAGCUGAUAUAGAUGCUGUGUCAUAUACGUUUACAACUAUCUGAUCUCUGUCUAGAUUCAAAAUCUCUCCUCUACAAUUACUAUUAAUGCUAAGGAUUAUUUUAUUCCUAUCAUUUAACUUUGCUGCUCCAGGCUAAAUACCCAAUCAUUCUUAUUUAGAAACAGUAGACCCUCUUUCUAAACCAAACCUCUGUCCCUGGAAGCUCUAUGAUCUGGUGUGAGUGUAUCCCAGGUGUAACAGCAGUAAUACGGACUGUACUACUGUGCAUUUAAUUAUGUAUAUUUUAAAGGCAAGUAAUGAGUUUAGAAAUCUGUGUGGAAUGUGUGUGAAUACAAUUAUUUCUGCACAUUCUCAAUGACCUAUCAUAUUACAUGAAGGCUUACAGAACAUCCCAAAAAGUUGCCAUUCAAGGCCACUACCAGCCAUAUUUACUAAAAUGCUAGUGUUUCUAUUUUGUCCAUUAAGACUCUCACAGGGUUAUUCACAAAAGUGAGAAUACAAUGUAAAUUUCAAGUUUAGGUUUAAAAUAGCUAACUAAACUAAUUCUCUAAGUCAGUUAUGCUGUUAGAUGAGCUACUUUGACCUUAAAUUUGAAAUUUACGUUGCCUUCUCAUUUUAGUGAAUAACGAUAGUUAUUCUCUAUUUCUCACUUUAAUUGUUCUGUCUUUUUUUUUUUUUAACUCUCCUUCAUCUCUUUUCAUAUUUGGUAAUGGAUUGUUUACUUGUUGCUCCACUUAGAUUUAGUCAUUUCCGUGCUGUUGUAGUCCUUUCUUAGUCCUACAUGUUUGGCCCAGUCCUCUUACUGUAAAAUUAUUUUCUCUUGUGUGAACUGAAUAUUUGAAACCUGUUAUAUGAAAUAGGAACAAAAAUCACGACAGACAGUCCAGACAAUCCUUAUUUAGUCUAUGAGUAUUAAAAUACAUUUUCAGUUUAAUCAAGGAAAGAUAAAAUAAAAAUUAACGUUUACCAUCAGCCUUUCUUACCAUUUAUAAUGUAUUAAUGAUCUAGGUUUCCUUAUCUACAUUGUGCAAAGUACAUUUUCACGUGCAGAAAGUCAUAUGGCCCUUUAUGUUUUCACCUGGGUGAUUAGUAGUGCUAACGGGUUAGACACAGGCUUGCAAACACGUGGCCUGUCUGCCACUAUUUAUAUCAGAAUUUCAUGGAACUUUAAGUGCUCAUUUGACUAGCACCAUCUAUAUAUAUAUAUAUAUAUAUAGAUUUAGGCCAACUGAUGUCACAAACCGCACAAGCAUCUUAGAUCCAGAGGUAGAAAAAUCGACACCUGUGACCAACAGAGGAAAACUUUCCAAACUGAAUUUAAAUUUAAGAGAAAAUACAUCUUGCUAUGGAAAAAAAGAAAAUAACUUUUCCUGCAGGUAACUGAUGGAAUAUCACAAAUUCUAUGUUUUAGCAUGGCUAAACAUGUAUGUGAUUGUAUGUGAUAGAAGCUUGGGUGGUUUGGUCUGUUUGCCUAUGAGGCUAAAAUAGUGAUUUAUAAAUAAUAUCAACUGGACUGUGUAUUUCAGAAUUCUGGAGAUUGUUCUAUUUGUCUCUUUGAGCAUUGUACAGUAAAGGUGAAGACUGAAAGAGCUAAUUGAUCAUUCUUCUUCGGUACAUAUUGUGAGACCAAAUGGACCCCUCUGUCAGUGCACAGGCUGAGAAAGCUGGCAGACCCUAGCACUGUGUCUGUUGAGCAAAAUAGUGAAGUCUAGGUCAUUGUGCUAAUCAAGAAGAACAUUUUAGUGCCGUACAGGUUAAGAAAACAAACCGACGCUUUUGACAUUGUACAGGGUGAAAGAGCUAAUGGUUGCUUUUAACAGUGGUUGAAAAAAAUUAAUGUUGGUGCACUUGUUAAUGUCAUAGUCUGGUGAUUGUUAAAAGAUAUUAGACUGUUAUGAAUUGUGUUUAAUUGAGCAAUUAAAAACAAAAUGGCUACGCAGGUAAAAAAAAAAAAUCUCUGACUUGGUUAUGUUCAAAACUCUAUUUUAAUUUAAAUGUUGCAAUUAUUUUCAAUGCACUUAGUGAAUAAAUAAAACUGCUUAAUUUUGCAUGAUGCUCAACAAGUCUGUUGGAUUAGGCACUGUAGGAAGCACGAUGGCAAUAAUUUUUGUGCUGUCUUGCAUAAAGGUGAAGGGUAGUAAGCUGCAAAAUAUGUCUGUUAAAAUGAAACUAUGAAAUAACAAACUGACCUAUUAUGUUUUGGUACAGCUUUUUAUUUUUUAUUUUAAAAAAUGUAUGAUCUCAGUGUCUAGGUAGUCACCAAGGGAGGGAUGUCAACUUUUACGCUGGAGGGCAUAUACAAACAAAAAUCCCAGAUCUGUGUGUGGAUGUAACGCAUGUGAUAUAUGGGUUUGACAUAUGGAUGCUGUGAAGUUGCCAUGAUAGUCUAAUAUCUCCUCGUGAGACUAACAUACACUGCAUGUUUGAGCAUUUGAAGGUCUAUUUAAACUCAUGUGUCAUCUUGCUGUGUAGUCCCUUGUAAACACCUAUGGGGACAUCAGAUACAGCAGUCCACCAGGAAAUAUCUCAGUGGGCCAGUACAGGCCUGAAGAACAUUGAGAUCAGGGGCCACCAACCCAUGCACGAAUUCACACAGUGCUGGGUUAACAAAGGCCUUGCACAAAUACUUCUUGUUGUUUGCCAUACCAAUGUAUCCUCUGUUAUUUCAAUGUGUAGAGCAGGGGUUCCCAAUUAAUUUUCCCGUGGAACCCUUUGACAUAAUGUACUAACAACGUGCACCCCAAAUAAUUUUUGCCGCUGUAGCGCAGAUAGUAAACAGAUACUAGUACUUAGGAGUAGAUGUGCUUUUGUGUGUACAGUUGGUGUUUGUAUAUAAUGUUAGCGUUUUGAUACAAGGGUGUGUUUGUAUGUAAUGUUUGCAUUUGCAUGCAGGGGUGUGCUUGGGUGUAUUGUUGGAUUUUAAAUGCGGAUGUACAGUUGUGUGUAGUAUUGGUGUUUGAGUUAAGGUAGUGCUUGAGUGUUUGUAUAUAAGUUUGGAUUCAGGGGUGUUUUUGUAUGUAAUGUUUCUGUUUGCACGGGUUUGUUUGCAUGUUAUAUUGGUGUUUGAUUGCUGGGAUGCAGGCACAUAUACUGCCACGUACACACACAAAUGCAUACACAGACGCAUUAACACACAGAAAAACAUAUAAAAACAUUGACACGUACAUUCAUAUACACACUGAAAUAUACACGCAGACACACACAAACACUCAGAUACACACAGUGAUACAUACACUGGCACAUAUAAACACACUUAUACUGACAUUUACACACACCUUUACACAUACACACACUGGGACAUACACAGAUACACUCAGAUGCACACCGUGACACACACACAUAUCUUGACACACAAAUACACACUCACUAAGAUACACACACUUGCACCCACAGAUACACACAUUGACACACUCAGAUACACACCUUGAAACCCAUACACACACUCAGAUACACACACACUCAGAUACACACACACAUAGGCACGUACAAAGACACUGAUAUUCACUGGCACAUACACACACACAUACAAUGACAAAUACACACACUGGCACAUACACACGCACAAUUUGACAUAUAUCAGAGCCACCCUCCUGUUGACUUACCCUGUGUGUCCAGGAGGGUGGCUUGCUUGUGGUCCUGGUGAUGUUGGCUGUGGCUGAUGGGAAUGAGCUGCUGCAUGCUCACUCCAACCUCUCCUCUGCCAUCCAUGCUGCUCCCUCUCUGGGCAGCUGUUUCCAGCCUCUUCCCAGCCUCCAGCCACCUACCGUACUGCAGCAACUCUGUGAAGCUGGGAGGAAGUGAUCUAUUACUUCCUCCCAGCCCGCCAAUACUUCAGCGAUAAAAUUGCGGCAGCCAUGUUGUUUGGCAAAAUCAUGGCAGAGCCCCAUUUUUGCUCAGCGGAACACCAAUUGGGAAACGCUGUUUUAGAGGAAUGUUGUGAGGCUGCAGCCAACAGGCCUAGUAUUGUAGUGGUCUGAUUCCUAAAGAAAAAUGACCAAUAGGUUGUUCUAUAUUUAUUUAUUUAUUUAUUUAUUUUAUUAUUUAUUUUAACCCUUAUUUGCAACCCUUUAGCCUGCAGAAGUUUUUUUUUUUUGUUUUUGUUUUUAUAAAAGGGACUCUCCUGGAACCAUCAAAGGUUUUAUGAAUUUGAUAGAUUUUGGUCAAAAUAAGUACCUGCAUUUUUGCUCAAUUUUGCAUAGUAAUUACAAAAAAAGUUGUAGAAUAUGGCAUGUUAACCUUGUCUCCUGUGUCCCUUCCACCUUAUCCGUUCUACAGUGCAUUCUGUUUGCUGGUUACUGUAACAUGCAAGUGAUCUCCCUAUCUGUCAUUCCCAGUCUACACUGUUUAUCCAAUAAGUUGUUCUUGUCUAGGUUUAGAGGUUUAAUAGCUUCAUUCCAGAAUGUUUGUUUAUUAUGUUUAGAUUGUGAUAUUUCAAGGAGGAUAUAUGUGCUUCUUUACUCUGGGAAGUGGAUGUAGCAAAUAGCCUAGAAUGCACUUUUUUUUUUUUUAAAUAACAUUUAUGUUGGGUAUCAAACAUUAAUAAGGCCCAAAACAUUGGCAAAGUAAGAUAUUAUUUUUAUUUUUUUAUUUUUUUCAGUAUUUCAAACAGCCAGUCCUCCAAGUCAUUAAUCAUGCCAGGAUGUUGUACUUCUUGUGAUAAGAUGUCCCUGACUGGAUCCAUCGUGCGGAAACCCACCUUGCACCGCUAUAUCAGCACCAAGGUCCUUUUGGCAGACGGAACUGACAGUCCAUUCACUAGGCACUGCCGCGGCUAUGAAGAGAUGUAUCAGGUCCUGCUGUAGCUUAUAGACUUCAUUAGUGUUCUAGUUAACAAUACUAAUGUACAAGAACUUUCACUGUUACUAAUGUCCUGCAUAUUAAUUUCCAGGCCAUACAGAUAGAGAUUCAGAAUCUAAAGGACCAGGUGCAAGAGCUUCAUAGAGAUCUGACCAAGCACCAUUCCCUCAUCAAGGCAGACAAAAUGAGUGAUAUAAUACAGAAAUCACUCCAGGUUGAUAUACAGAUAGCAUCUGAAUAUUCAUCGGUGGAAAUGAUGAGAAAUGCAUUUGAAGAGGUAUGUGAGCAGCAAUGAUUAUAAAGAGAGAGAAUACAUUGUUAAAGCAACACUGCAGUAACUUUAACUAUAUCAUUGAUUGAAUUGUCCCCUGGUCAAAUCAUUUUCACACAGUAGAACACCGAGUGAGGGUCCCUGCCCAGUCCCUACUGGAAGUGUGGCUAAAGCAAACCCUUUUCUUUAGCUAUACCAAUGCAUACUAGCAAUGGGUUGCUGUGAUAUGCUGAAAGUGGACAGCUGACACUCUCAGCUAAUUACAGCCACCCAUUGCUGCUAAGGCUAGUGAAUCCCCAUUGGUCCAAGCAACACAUACAGGUUUAGCAUUAAACCAUUAAAAACAGUUUUAGCACUGAGUGGAAGGAUGGUGACGUGGACUCCAGACUCUAUAAUGGGGGUAGGCAACUAUAAUGGGGGUACCAACUUCAUCUACCAUAAUGGUCUUACAGCCAAAAUGCUGGCAAAGCAUCAGGGGAAAUGUAGUCUCUCCUCUGUAUCUUAGUGUUCCUUUCUGAUCCAUCUUCAUCUACCAGGAACCUGAACAGCUGUAAUUCACAAAUUUGUGAGAGUACAGAACAAUGGAGUUUGGAAGACCUCACAUGAUCAUUCAGAGAUCUUUUUCAUAUUGAUAAGAUACCAUAAGCAUCAGAAAUAGUUCACAAUUUUUGCAAGAAGAUAACCUGUUUUGAAGCAAUUGACAUCUGAUGGGAGAUGCCAGGAAGCGGCAGCAGAAACUCUGCCCAUUUGCCAAAUUUAUCUAAAGUGCUGCUUUAAGUCUCUUCCUGUGAAGAAAUCCAUCUAUGAAACAAUAGUUUUGGCAGCCAGCCAUCCUCCUAUUUACUUUUACAUAGACUGUUAUAUGCAGUAUAAACAAAACAAACUACAAGGUCCUGCCUAAUAAUUAUUACAAUUAUACUGGUUAACCCUGGUAACUCAAGCACACUCGAUGUGCUAUAUUUCAGCUACAAGUUAUAGAUUUUUGUACUUGUGUAUUUUACGUUUUUAAGAUGACUGGAACUAUAGGAUCCAUGGGAAACUUGAAUAAUUGAAAGCCUUCUCAAAGGAUCUCAUUGUGACACAUCUUCCAAAUCUAGCUGCACUGUUGGGGCCUCUUUGAAUUUAAUAUAAAUUCAGCACUCUUUUUUUCAAACUGAAACAUUUUUAUUGAGUUUUUUUAUGCAAAAAAGAACAAUGCACAUUGUUCAUUAUAUAAAUGCAAUGACAUUAUAUAAAUAGUUUACACAAAUGUUAUGGUAAUUUGUAGCAGUUAAAGCAAGUGAAAAUAAAAGAAAUGAAGGAAACUGAAAUGACAGCUUGUAGUGGGUAACUUAACAAUACAGAGAAGAAGAUGAGAAUAAUGAGCUGAUGGUGCACACAACUGAUUUUAACCCCCAAACUAAGCAGGUGCUGAGCUCUGCUUCAGCUGGACAUCUAACAGGGAGUAAAUAUGAUACUAUAACAAAAAAACACAAUGGUGCCUUUUUAUGGAGCUCAAAACUACAUUCAACUCACUUAGGACAUUGAAUAUGAUUAGAUGUGUAACGAGCAAGUUCCUUCUCAGCCAUUUAUAAAAUACAAUCCCCACGAAUCUCUGUGAGCUAAGGGAAUGGGGAUUAUAGAAGUAGCUGUAGCAUUGUUGCAGUUGCCAAGACUCCGAUGGGUUAUAGUAAGUAUCUUCCUUUCCUCCUGUGGUGUGAAUUUAAACAUAAGUUUACAUCCUUGGUAUUGAUCGGCUUAUUUGUUUCUUUAUUAUCCUUUCAGAUUUGGGAAGAGACAUAUCAGAGAGUUGCAAAUGAACAGGAGAUUUAUGAAGGUACGGUGAUGGAUCAUUUGGUGCUCUUAUGGUAGUUUGGUAAUAUACUUAAAUUAUAAUCUUAUGAAAGGUGAAAAACAGGAUAGCUCCAGUCUCUGUCUGUAUCAGUUGUCGGUACUUUUAAUUUUUGAAUUUAAUUAAUCAUGCAUUUAUUGUGAUAUAAAUAAGUUCCAGCUGUUCCUCAAAUUGUUUGUUUUGAUAAUAAUGCUAAUUAUUAGAUGGACACUCCACUGCCCAAAUACAAAAUAAAGAAUCACUGUUUAGUAUACAUGCAUUUUUUCAUUGGUGAUGUGUGUGUGUAUACAGUUUCUCACAAAAGUGAAUACACCCGUCACAUUUCUGCAAAUAUUUUAUAUCUUUUCAUGUGACAACACUGAAGAAAUGACAUUCUGCUACAAUGUAAAUUAGUAAGUGUACAGCCUGUAUAACAGUGAGAAUUUGCUGUCCCCUCAAAAUAACUCAACACACAGCCAUUAAUGUCUAAACCGUUGGCAACAAAAGUGAGUACACCCCUAAGUGGAAAUGUCCAAAUUGGUGUAAAUAUUUUGUGUGGCCACCAUUAUUUUCCAGCACUGCCUUAAUCCUCAUGGGCAUGGAGUUAACCAGGGCUUCGCAGGUUGCCACUGGGGUCCUCUUCCACUCCUCCAUGACGACAUCACGGAGCUGGUGGAUGUUAGAGACCUUGCGCUCCCCCACCUUCUGUUUGAGGAUGCCCCACAGGUCCUCAAUAGGGUUUAGGUCUGGAGACAUGCUUAGCCAGUCUAUCACCUUUACCUUCAGCUUCUUUAGCAAGGCAGUGGUCGUCUUGGAAGUGUGUUUGGGGUCGUUAUGUUGGAAUACUGCCCUGUGGCCCAGUCUCCAAAAGGAAGGGGAUCAUGCUCUGCUUCAGUAUGUUACAGUACAUGUUGGCAUUCAUGGUUCCUUCAAUGAACUGUAGCUCCACAGUGCUGGCAGCACUCAUGCAGGCCCAGACCAUGACACUCCCACCACCAUGCAUGACUGUAGGCAAGACACACUUGUCUUUGUACUCCUCACCUGGUUGCCGCCACACACGCUUGACACCAUCUGAACCAAAUAAGUUUAUCUUGGUCUCAUCGGACCACAGGACUAGUUCCAGUAAUCAAUGUCCUUACUCUGCUUGUCUUCAGCAAACUGUUGAAAGCCUCUUCUAAAUAUGAUGCACAAGAAAGCCCUCAUUCUGGGACGACAGCAAUGCAGACUAAUUUGAUGCAGUGUGCGGCGUAUGGUCUGAGCACUGAUAGCUGACCCUCCACCCCUUCAACCUCUGCAGCUAUGCUGGCAGCACUCAUACAUCUAUUUCCCAAAGUCAACCUCUGGAUAUGAUGCUGAGCACGUGCGCUCAACUUCUUUGGUUGAUCAUGGCGAGGCCUGUUCUGAGUGGAACCUGCCCUGUGAAACCCCUGUAUGGUCUUGCCCACCGUGCUGCAGCUCAGUUUCAGGGUCUUGGCAGUCUUCUUAAAGCCUAGGCCAUCUUUAUGUAGAGCAACAAUUCUUUUUUUUUUUUUAGAUCCUCAGAGAGUUCUUUGCCAUCAGGUGCCAUGUUGAUCUUCCAGUGACCAGUAUGAGAGCGAUAACACCAAAUUUAACACACCUGAGUCCUUGUAACACUAAUGAGUCACAUGACACCAGGGAGGGAAAAUGGCUAAUUGGGCCCGAUUUGGACAUUUCCCCUUAGAGGUGUACUCACUUUGGUUGCCAACAAUUUAGACAUUAAUGGCUACGUGUUGUUAUUUUGAGGGGACAGCAAAUUUACACUGUUAUACAGGCUGUACACUUACUAACUUACAUUGUAUCAGAGAGUCAUUUCUUCAGUGUUGUCACAUGAAAAGAUAUAAAAUAUUUACCAAAAUGUGAGGGGUGUACUCACUUUUAUGAGAUAAUGUAUGUGUAUAUAAACAGCUUGCAAAACCUGCAGGUCCCUUGUCUGCUGCCCUCCCCUUCUAACCCCACCAAGACUUUCUGUGAGUGUCCAAUCACAAACUUUUCAAUGUUGCUCAAAGACAAGUCUUUACAAGGCAGAUGCUUUUAGUAACUGUCUACCUAUUGAGUUUAGUUCCACUGAGCUAAACCAGGAACAGGACCAGCUGUCUACUUAAAAAGCCAGGUUGGUGUAUUCUAUUUUAAUCAGCACAUUUUGUAAAAUGAAAAAAGACACACUCUUACACAUUUACACAUAAAACAUUUCAGUAAGCUAAAGUGUUUUAGGGGUCUGGUGUGUGCCAAAUAAAUAUAUAUUACAUACAUACAUACAUAGAUAUAUAAACACCAACAAAAUCGAACUAUAAAAGUAAAUACAUAAAACAAAGUAACAGUUUUCAAUGAAGGGAAUUAAUCUCUACAACUGUGCAAUGUGAGAUUACAAAAGACUCCCUUGCGAUCCAGAUAGUAGACUAUAAAAACAAAAAGACAAUGGAAAAAAUACAAUUUCUCCAACCGCCCUAUGUAGUCUGAGCAAAUACUAUGAGUUUAGAAUAACAGAUUUUGGGCUAGAUUCCAAACGAGUUGCUAAAUAUCCGCUGUAAGCUGUCAUAAUUAACAAUAGCUGGUAAUUAUUGGCAGCCUCACAUUACCGUCAAGUCUCCACCUUGUUGCCACUUAGUAGUGACCUAUCGUUUGUAAUGUCAACCCCAACUGAUUGUGAUUGCCACAUAGCGGCUAUUGUUACAUGUGGCAAAUUGGGCAAAGUUAGCUCUUUUAGUGCUGCAGUGGAGAGACAUUUAGUAUGCUGGUAUCCUUUGUGGCCCUGAAAUUCACUGAAAAAUAAAACAAAAUGAAAUGUUUGGGGCCUCCCUUGGCCCAAAUAUUACAGUGUAAGAGGCCCAACGCCUUUCUUUCCCCCAUGUGCAGUGAGAUAAAGAGUAUUAAGAAUUUCAGAUGUAUAGUCUUCUAAAACCCUAUUAUUCAAACUAGGAGUUGCCUUAUAAUCGAAUAUCUAAUGAAAGAAAUGCUGCACUUACAAAUAAAUUACACAGAAAAUAUGUACUGUUCUAUGUAAAAAUAUUAUGUUUUUAUUCAAUGGCAGCUCAGCUCCAGGACCUUCAGCAACUUAAACAGGAGAACACCUAUUUAACCAAAAUUGCUAAACAGAUUGCGCCUUAUGUACGAUCCAUUGCAAAGGUCAAGGAACGUCUGGAACCCAGGUAUGAAAGUAUAAGAAUGUAACAAUAGAAUUGUUUCCGUAAUUCCAUUACAGUGCCCAUGUGUCCAAGAUUAGUCAGCAUUGUCCUAUAAUUGUAACAAGUGAACCAGUCAACCCCUAGCUAGGAUAUUGGUGGAAAUUAAUCAUGGGUGAUGCAACCUUGUUAAACUAACCUCACCUACCUCAAUACAGGUCACUUACAUGCAGUCUUAUCUGUUUUGUGAAAUAUUUUACGAUAUAGAUUUGUAAUUGUGGUUGAAUUCAACCAGCAGGAAAGUUUUUGAGCAGUUGCUCUUAGUUACACAUAAUGCUCAUAACUAUGCUUGUAUGCCAUCUACUGUGAUUUAAUGGAAAACAAAUAAAUAAAUUAAAAAUAAAAUAGAAGAGAAAUGUCUCUGCAUACUAGAAAGGAAAUGUUGCUACCAGGGAAUAUUUAUCCUAAAAAGAACUUCAAAUUUUACAAGGGUUGGUUUUAUUUAUUGGUUACGGUUUUAACAGAGAAAGGUUAAUAUUGCCAAUUUUGUGUCAGACGUGUGUUCUUGAACUGUUAAAAGGAGAAUGGCGAGCACCAUAACCACUACAGCACCAUGUAGUCAAACCAUUUGAUGAUUUGAUUUGUUUCCUGGGGUACACUGGGUGCCCUUCCCUACCUCUCUGCAACUGGAAGUGAAAGCAGAAAGCUCUGAGACGGUUAGCUAUCCAGCUCAUUUACUGAGAGCGUUGGAUGAUAGCUUUCACCCAAUGAGCAAAGCCUUGCUCUGUUGGGCUUAGCUCAGUGAAGAGAGCAUCUGGCUGCAGGGCCUGGCACCCGUCAGACCACAGGAAGAAAAAAAAUUAAGCCGUAAACAUUAUGACUAAUUACAUUGGGGUAAGUUGAGCACUGUAGUUAUGGCGCUUGGAGUUUUCCUUUAAAGGGAUCCUCUUAGCACCAAAAUAACUUUGGCUUAAUUAAGCAAUUUUGGUGCAUAGACAAGCACCUGCAUUCGCACUGUUUAGAUCCUUUUUUUUAGGCAUCCUUGGCACUAGGCAACCUUUGCUGGCUUUGACUUUAAUAGCCUCCAUGGAAAAGAAAAGGUUUGACUUUCAACCAGAUGUUACAGCACAGUGUGUUUACUUUGGAAGUGAAAGGUGCAGGCAAACAGUAUAAUCUCACCUUUAACUACAAUUUCACUUAGGUCACUGCAGGUACUUGUAAACAUAAACUGACUGGUUUGGUGCAGAGAAAUUUCAGAUUGUUUGCCACAAUAUAGAUAGCAGACAAGAAUGUGAAGUGCCAGCACCCAUCUCUAAAGAUUCUAAUGCAUGUGAAUUAGAAUCCCAUUAGCAAUGCAAUUGUGUUUAAAAGCCACCAGUGUAAAUAAGAGAUCAGAUAAUUGUUUUUGGUUGUGGUUUUAAAUAUGUAAUGUGCAUUAAAGGAUUACUCCACAAAAAAAAGGGUUUUUUGUUAGUGUAACCCUUACAGACCUGGAUCUUCUACUUCCUUAACCCCCUCCUAGGGAGCAUGGACUUGGGGUGGGAGAUUGCUGCCAUUUGUUGCCUGCCCCCAGCAUAUUGUGUGAACUGAUGACAACCGCCCAGUAUGCACAGAACUGACAUUAGCUAGCAAUGGCUGGUUAAUGUGCCACCGGAGGCGGAGUUAUACCUCUGUUGGCAAAAGGCUAGAUCUAAGUUAUCUGCAGCAUUUCAUAGUGAAAAGCUGCAUAUACAGGCUGCAAGCAUCAUGUCUACUUCAAAUCACUGGAGUGGCCAUAGUGCUUGGAUUUCCAUUUACGUGAUGGUUCCCAAAUUAGCACCAUAGAAAUUAAUCAGUGAUGUUGGAUUAAUUAUCUAACCCUAUGUUGUAUAAAUAACUAGAUUAAAAGAAACAAAGGACCCAAAAGAAGACUUUUCAGAAAAAAUAUUUGAAGACUCUUCAUUGGCUACGGAGAUACAGAGCAGGUACCUAUCCAAUUUAACAUUCUAUUAUUUUUAGGAACAAAGUAUAAGCCUAUAAUUUUAACAGAGAAAUCAAAUCCUGUCUUCUAUUCAAAGGUGUAGAUAGGAGGUGUUGUGGCUCUCAUUACAGUAGCAUUUGUAUAUUUUUCAAACAGAUGGGAGAUCUGCCUAAAAUACAUAUUUCUAAUGCUGACACCUGGAUAACCCUGUUAGUGGAGAAACAUAUCUCUUUCCAGUUCCCUCUCAAGUGUGUUGUAUUAUUGUCAAAAUGUUAUAUUCUGUAUAGUAUUGAAUAGAUCCACACCAUAAUAGGCAUUAUGUAAGAAGAUCUGGGCUGACAGUGCAUUCCACUAGAUGCAGGCUUCCCCAAACUACAGCCAUUUAGAUGUUGCUGAACUACAACUCCCAUGAUUGAAAUAGAUAGGUUGAGAAUCAUGGGAGUUGUAGUUCAGCAACAUCUUGAGGGCCGGAGUUUGGCGAAGCCUGCGAGCAAUGGUUUAUCAUUACUACAGUGAAUCCUACACUAACAAAAUGAGGAAAAUUCACAUGUACAAGCAUAAUGUAAUGAAGAUUUUUCUGUUCUAGGACUGAGUUAGCAGCUUGUUCAGAGGACAAUUACGAAAAAUCACCAGAAAUGAAAAGUGAUAACAGGACUUUAACCCUAUUUAAUGAAGAGUCUUUGUUGAAAAGCAAAGAAUACUGCAGGUUAAAACAGAACAUACCCAACCGAAAAGGCACUUAAAAGGGGUAUAUAUUGCUUAAUUUAAUAUGUGUAUAUACAUUUAUGAAAUCAAGUAGUCUUUAUUUACUUUUAAUAGUCUUUUUAUUUGAAUUUGAGGUCUUUGAAAAUAUACAAAACAUAAAUAUCAAAAUCACACACGUUUUAAGUUUGAUUUAAAACUUGUGUGAUUUUGAUAUGUUAGUUUUGUUUAUUCCCUCCCCCCCCCUUCCAAAAAAAGGCAUGUUGCACGGUGAUAUCACAAACAGAAUAUUUAAAAUGACACCUGUCACAUUCUGAUACACUCCACCCACCUUCAGGUGACUUAGUAAAGAUGUGUGACAAACAUUUUCUACAAGUGCAUGUUAAGGCACAAAUUAUGAUUUACACGGUUUAUUCACAAAAAUUAGAAUUCAAUUGUUACCAGCAUGUUAUAGGUACAGUUCCCAACAACUUCGUUACCUCUGCUGUUCCCCAGAUUUGGCCUCUAGGUGGUCGGUGUGCAAACUUUGUGUUACUCUGCCUUGCUGGUUCGCUGCAGUCUCCAAAGUCUUUGCUGGAUUUCAAUUCGCUUCCAUUAGUUCCAAUUUGUUUUCAAUUCGGCCAAACUCAUUUCGCCAACAUGGCUUUAUCAAUGGCUAUAGUAUUGUUUACUGAUCACUCCUUUUAUAAGCUAGCUCAUGCAUGAUGCAUAUCGGUGUGGGGGCAGUGUUUUCAUUCUAUGAGCCGUCCUCUCUAGUCUUCCUGAUGAGGUUAAAUCAUAACCAAAUUCUCUAAGAUUUCUAGAGAAACUUCUUUGUUGUGAUCAACCUUAUAAACUGAAUUAUUCAGGAUUUUAUGGGUAGGUCUGAAUAAAGUUGACAAAAAUAAAGGGUGAUUGUUUCUCUGAAUAAAGCUGGAAGAGGAAAAAAAAACCCUGUACAGGAUAAGACUGUGGAAAUGACACAGUUAAGUCAGCAUUUAAAUCUUUAAGUCUCUAAUUGAAAAAUCUAUCUCAUCUCCCCCAGCUUGUCAUUGAUGUCCCCUCCUCUCCAGUGCUUUCUCACUUUGCAGAUUGUCAUGAAUCCCAGUAUACUAGCUUUAACCACACAGUGCGGCGCAAAUUGAGCUUGUCUAUCCCUGCUCUAUGUUGCAUUUCCUGGGUUUAGGCCUCAUAUGUUCUCUGAUUCCAUUGGAUCGUUUUCUGGUUGUUCUACCCACAGUGGCAUUCAAUGAUGUUAUAUUACGUGAGCACUGCUGCACGUGAUCAAAUCCGUCAAUUUAUAUGUAAUGUUGUGGGCAAUUAAAGGGACACUACAGGGGGUCCUCCCAUUGCGACGGCUUGCAUUUACGACCAGCUCUCUAGCGUGGGGAUUCCCCACGUUAGAGAGCUGGUUUUUGUUCGGGAUAGAUUAGAGGGAUUUCCUGCUCUGGUGCAUAAGUCUACAUUCGGGGAAAUUUCCCUGAACAUAAAUUAGACAUACGCACCAGAGCAGGGAAUCCC